CGGGCCAUGAGGCUACAACUAUAGUCUUGUGAAUGAUGAUUGCUACCUGACAUUUUCGUCACAAAAAUGAAAAAAAAAGUACCUAGCUGCGGCCCAUCUCUUGUGCGGACCAGCAUACCUAGCAAAAGCGCAUCGCGACCCCGACUUUCACAUUACGUCGUCGCAAGUCGAUCGAGAUCCCUCCAUGGCCAUCUCGAUAUCGCCCAACUAGGCAACCACUUCGCCGACAUUCAGUAUCGAACCGCGCGUUUCGCGCCGCGCAUUACACUACCCACGACGAGCGAUGACAUAUACGCGAUGACAUUAUGAGUGCACCCCCCAAGGACCCGGGGGAGGGCCCCCAGAGCCCCCCCGACAGCCCCCAGAGCCCGGCCAGCCGGAAGCUCAGGGACAGAGUCAGCUUCUUCGAGAAGGUGUGGAAAGGGGCACCGGCUCAGGCCGAAGACUUUGCGGCCUCAGGGAUGGACGUGCAGGACCUGGAGAAGCGGCUGGAGGAGGAACGUAAGCGGCAUUUGGAGCACGGCCAGCUGGAGCACGUGACUUUGAGGCAGAUUUCUUCGCCACGGCGGUUGAGGGAGAUCGGACCGGACGGGACUAUACAGGAAACCUACACCUCUACGACAGAAGAAGGCGAUUUGGCCACAGGUGCCAAAUCCGUCAAAUUCGAGAAAGUCACCGUUCGGAAAACCAUCCGACACAUCACCACCAGCUCGUCAACUUCUUCGCUACGCCAUCUAGCGUCGACUAGCAGAACACCCUCUGAAGAACUGAUAGAUGAUUCCGCCUACCUCACCCAUUCGGGUCAUUCGAACGGCCACCAGGCUUCGGCCUCCAAGACGUCCAGUGCUGAAUCUUUGACGGCAAACUCAGGGAAGUUUCCCUCGGAAGAGAGCCUGAAGAGCCCUUCGAGGGAGAGGGUGGGAAGGGACGAGUGGGAUGGAGAGAGCAAUAGCUCGAAAGUGAGUUCGAGUUCCGAGUGGUACAGCGAGUAUAGGACUCACAGUUUUCAAAGUGGUUCGAAUAAAUUGGACUAUUUUAGAAGCAAGUCGCAGUUUGACGAGCAUAUUCAACAAAUAAGAGAUGAACAGGAACGAGUUCAGAAGAAGACUUUCGUCAACUGGAUCAACUCUUAUCUAACUAAGCGAGUUCCACCGCUGAAGAUAGAAGAUUUGAUCGAGGACUUGAAGGACGGUACCAAACUCUUAGCACUACUAGAAGUAUUGUCUGGGGAGAAACUGCCUAUGGAGAGAGGCAGGGUUCUCAGAAGACCGCACUUCUUAAGCAAUGCCAAUACAGCCUUACAAUUUCUGACUUCGAAGAGGAUAAAAUUAGUCAACAUAAAUGCCAGCGACUUGGUGGAUGGGAGACCGCCAGUUGUCCUGGGACUUAUUUGGACAAUUAUUUUAUACUUCCAGAUCGAAGAAAACAGAAGGCAACUCGAAUACCUAACCCAAUACGGUAGUACUAGCAGCCUGGAGAGUGCUGGUACUUCUUCUUCAAAAGACAGAUGGAAACAAGGAGCACGGAAGACCCUCUUACAGUGGGUAUCCAACGCUCUACCAAGCGAUUCCUCUAUAGAAAUCCGAGACUUUGGUGCCAGCUGGCGAGAUGGCAUAGCUUUCCUAGCUAUUAUAGACGCGAUCAAGAAAAACUUGGUCAACAUCGCUGAAAUGAAGAAGGCUUCCAAUAAAGCUAGACUGGAAACGGCUUUUGACGUUGCCGAAACAGAACUCGGCAUUUCCAGGUUGUUAGAUCCAGAAGAUGUUGACGUACCUAAACCAGACGAAAAAUCUAUCAUGACCUACGUAGCUCAAUUCCUACACAAAUAUCCUGAGCCUAAGAGUACAGGUCCAGACGCUAUAGUCGCCAUUCAAGAAGAGUACAGUGAGCUGCACUCCUGGUUAUUGAAAAAAACUCAAUACUUGGAACAUCUCCAACAAACAAACACUUUGCCACUUAAUUAUCAAGAGUAUAUUGCGUUCAAAUCCGAGGUGGACGAUAAGGAAAACUUGUUCAUCAAGUUGAGACACCUCAUAGAGUCCCAGAGCAUCAUUUCCAUUGCCAAAGAAAGCUGGUUCGAUAUCAACAGGUUGUGGAAAAAGCUGCAACAUCAGCUGUUAGCCUGGCUAUGGCUACUAGACUCCAACCUUCCUGGUGAUUUCAAAUUCGUAGGAGAGUGGCUAGCAAGAGCAGAACAACUGAUUUAUUUCGAUGAGAUUCCUACUGCUAUGACUGAAGAAACCGCUACUAUAAUCAGCCGUAAGCUUGAAGAGCACAAGGUGUUCUUUGCUGAUUUGCCGACUGUUCAACUGAAAUUCGCUCAGGCUUGCCAGAGUCCGUUAGCGAGAGAAGUGCCUUCAGGACAGUUGACCAAUAUGGGUAUCAGACUGAACGAGGUAGGGCCUAAAGCUGCUCAGAGAAGAGUUAGACUGAAGUUCCUGGAACACAAGUGUUGCCUCAUUGCCUUUUUGCAAUUAACGGAGAUCAAAUCGAAGACCUGGACUGCGAAAUAUGGACGUUUAGACAAAGUUAUUCAACUACUAGAUCAAUACAGGAAUUUUGUUUCCAAAAACAAUAUCUUCCAAGAAUUCAACAAAGCAUUCAUCGAUAUGCAAGCUGUUGUCGAAGAAUAUAAAAGAGAUGGAAACAUUGGCAAGAAUGAAAUUGUCGAAAUCGACAGAUUCUUGCGAGACAUUGCAGAACGUUGGAAGAAUGUAUCCAUGGAGCUGAGAUGUGUCGAAAGUAUGCUAGAAGAAGUUGUAACCUAUUGGAAUCGAUGGAAUACCCUAGUACCAGAAUUCGAGAACUGGCUCAGCCAAGCAGAGCAAUCCAUGAACAUCCCAGAAGAGAACAAGAUGGAGUUUUUCCAAGAUAUCAGUGUUUGGAGAGAUAACUACCAGUUACUUGGAGACAGUGCUUCUUUCCUCAUAGCAACCUGUGAAGAACCGAUAGCUAGAGAGCUAAAAGAUCAAUAUCAGAGGUUAACAGAACGCUGGGAUAAAAUAUAUCCUCUAGUCAACAAAUACAGCCACGCUGGUGAUAUUCUCAGAAACCGCAAAGACUUCAGAGCAGGAGUUGAAGUGAUGUCGAACUGGUUGAGGAAAGCAGAAAGUAUCCUCAAUGCACCAAGUCUUGGUUCGAUGGAGAAAAUAAAACAGCACACGAAGAAGCUGCUACAGCUUCAAAGCGAGGUCGAAGAAAUUGAAAAUCUCUUUAAAAAUAUCAGCAAAGCUUUCCAGACUUUAAUUCAAGAUUUAUCUAGGGAAGAGGUUGAUCAGAUGAUGAAUACGCUGAAACAAGAGAAAGAAGCUCUAGUAAGAGUCAGGUCACUCAUACCGUCACAAAUACAUCUGUUCAAUCAGCUGUUGGUUCAGCAAGAAUCUCUAGAAGCUGGACAAAGAGAAAUCAACCACUGGUUAGAUACUGCUGAGACACAUCUGAGCAGCUUGAAUUUGGAAAGUGACAAGGAAGAGUUGAAGGAACAAAUAGACAGGGUUAAACAGUUCUUCACAAGAACUUUGUAUUAUCGGUCUAUGCUAGAUAGCAAGAACAAGGUGAUGAAUAAUAUCAUCAAGUCCGUGGACCAGACUCAGAACUCGGAUGUUGCUGAAAUGAUUGCAAAGAUGGAGCAGCUGAAUGACAGGUUCGAUUAUGUCACUCAGAACGCUCAACUUUGGGACCAAAAGCUGCAGGAGGCAGUACGUUGCUGGUACAAUUUCUCUGAUUGCGAACGAGUUAUUUCUGAUUGGUUGAACCAGGCCGAGGAGAUGAUCUCGGAUAAGAGAAUUGAUAAUAAAGAGAUUGUCGAGAAACACAAAAACUUUUUCCAAUCGGUCAAUGAAAGAUGGAUCCACGAUUUGGUACAGAGUGCUCAAGAUUUGUGUAAUUGUCUUCCGAAGGAUCAGCAUCAGCCAAUUUUAUCAUCAGUCAGUCGUUUGCAGAAUAAGUGGAAAGAGGUACUAUCUUUUGCACCUCUGCAUCUCAUGAGGCUAGAAUUCAGACUAGAUGAGAGUACUUUCAAUUACUACAUCAAGGAAAUCGAGAAAGAAAUCACAAGCGAGCAGAUGUCGUUUAGUAGACAAGAAAAUGUUGAGUCUAUCAUUAAAAGAAACAAGGAAUUCUUCUCUGUGAGGGGUCCUUUGUUAGAAGCACAGAGAAGCUUAGAGAAUUUGAAUAAGCUAGCGAGUGUAUACACGCAAAAUCACCCAGAAGACAGAAGCCUGCAGAAUGCUAUCGAGAAAGCUGAGCAGCAGUGGAAAAAUAUCAACAUCAAAGUUGAAAAACUCAAGAACCAGCUAGAGAAGAUUCCCGAGAAAUGGCAUGGUUACCACGAGAAAUUCAAUGACAUGACAAAAUGGAUGGAUGGAGUUGAUAAUGCUCUGAAAAAUAUUCUGAAAGAUGUUAACUCUAUGGAAGAGUUUGAACGUGAAAAAGCUGUCUUCCAGAAUAUUUGUAAGGAAGCCGAUUCCAAACGAGAAGACAUGAAAUGGUUAGUCCAAACUCUAGACUCCCUAACUUCACACUGCCCCGAAACCCAAGCCAUAAAAGAACAAAAGACUCUCGAAGAACUGAUUAUUCGAUAUAAGAACCUAAUCCCCUCACUCGAAAUCACUAUGAUCAAAACAGACACAAUAUCAAAAUGCUACACCUAUCGUCGAGAAGUGAGAGAAAUAUGCCAGCUAUUGCAGCAAGUGAGAGAUCUAUCUAGAAAAGAAAGCCAACCACAAUCUCUAGAUACCGUAGGCCAAUCCAUUCAUCAGCAACAGGUUUCCAUCUCAAAAUUAGACAUGCAAAGACCUAACAUCAUUUCGUUACUUCAAAGAGGCAAAGAACUGAGCCGAGAUGAGAACGCGCCCAGUUUCAUCAAAGAAGAAGUAAAAAGUCUAGAAACAGGAUGGACUGAAACCUAUGACGAGACUGAACAAACUCUCCACAAGCUACUCAGUUCUCAACAGCUCUGGAGCGGUUACAAUGAGCAAAAACAAGAAAUUACCGACCUCUUACAUAGAGCUGAAAGUGACUCGGAGAAUUUGAAAUCAAGUUUGCAUGGUUCUACUUAUACACCUUCUGACUUGAUGACCCAGCAGCAAAUGUCUCUUGAAUUGAGGGAAGCAACCGAGGAUAAGCUCAAAAGACUUCGAGAUUUAAGUGCCAAACUAAGCCAACAAAUACCUGAUCAGAAAGCUACUCUAGACAGAGAAGUACAGCAAAUUGAACAUAGACUGAACACCACUAUUACCAACGUUACUGAAAAAAUAGUGAUGCUGCAACAGUAUAGUACCAAGUGGAAUACUGUACAUAGCGCUCUCGAACAAAUGCAUAGAUGGACUGUACAUGAAGCACCUCAACUUCUAUCUUCAGUAGAAGAAUAUGGCAUUACUCCGAAUGAACGAGCAGAAAAAGUGGACAAAUUACAGUCUGAGGUGGUUCAAAAAAUGAAUCAACUUGAUACAUUGAACAAUGAGGCGCAACAACUCUUGACUGAAGAUGGUCCAGAAGCACAGAAGUUGAGGGCAGAAAUGGUGAGUAUACAAGACCGAGUAAUAGCCCUCAACAGAACGGUUGAAACUCAUUCUGCAGUUAUUUCAAGAGACAUGAAGAACUGGGAAGCAUAUCAAGCUGGUAUUCAAGAAAUCACACCUUGGAUCGAAGAUGCAGAGGUAAGAACACAGUUUGGGUUACCAAAACCUAGCACUUUAGAAGAAGCCGUGCAGAUACAAAACCAAACAAGGCAAUUUGGAAAAGAAGUGGACCAGCAAAAGCAGAAGUUACAAGGUGUGGCACUGACUUCGCAAAAAUUAACAAUGAGAACUAGUUCUCCAGAUGAAGUGGAUUCGAUCCGAAUGCGAUGGUCUGCCAUUCAUGAUACAACAAAUCAGUGGACCCAAAAACAAGACAAACUUGUUGCGAAAUGGUUAGAGUUCGAUAAAAACUUGCAGCAUUUAGAACACUGGAUAACUAAAAGUGAGAACACUUUAUCAUCGCAUCCUACUAACCUCAAUACGAAAGGUCUUGAUGAUUUAGAAAAAAAUCUUACUGAGCUUAAGGCAUUUAGUAAUGAAAUAUCGGAGCAACAAGCAAAAUUGAUUGUCCUGACUCAAAGCUCUGAUGCCAUAAGCUACAAUGUCAGCCCCGAGGGAGCAGUUUUGAUGAAAAAUCAAACCCAGGAAUUAAAGUCGAAGAUAGCACAACUCGCAGAAGGUGUGAGAGCUAGAAUUAAUGAAGUUUCUGAUGCUAUAUUGGUCAAACAAGACUUCCAAGCUAAAAUGGCGGACUAUUCUAAUUGGAUGGAGGCAAUGAAUACUAGUUUAGGUCAAAUUGAUGAAGUACCAGUGAGCCAAGUAGAAACGACAUUAUCAACUAUUCAUAAUUUAUUGCAAGAACACUCUGACAGACAGCCCAUGUUCAAUGCUAUUUAUAGUGAAAUAAAAGAUGUAAAUAUACAGUCGAUAGGAAUAGCUUCAAAAUUAUUAGGUGAAGAGUAUUCUGAUUUGGUUCAGCAGAACCAGGAAAUCGAACACAAUCUUCAAGAGAAGAAAACUCAACUGCAAAGAUGGCAUGAGUUGCUGAACUGGCACGCAGAUACUUCCAAACAACUCUAUCAUAUUAAAUAUCAAUGUGAGGUAGAAAAGAGCACUGAAAACUUACAGAAUCUUAUAAGUGAAACCAACGGAAUUAUUGAAAAAGUCAUUACAUGGAAAAUGGAUGCUCGAAGUAUAGAUGAAAGCCCAUGCGUGACGAUAGUGGAUGAGAAAACGGGAUUGAUAAGAACUGCCGAAAAUGUGGCGAGAGAAAUUGAAGUGAAUACCAUCAAUCUCAAGGAAAAACUGUCUGGUAAAGUCGAAGGACUUGAAAACUUGAAGUUAGAAUGGAACAAAUUUGAUACACUCAAACGAAAUAUUAUUUCCGAACUUGACAAUACGAAUGCACAACUUCAAGCUAUACAAUGUGAAGUUAAGCAUUCGAGUGAUCUACCCAAAGCAGUUGAACAGCUGAACAAUCUGAAUCACUCCGGAAAGUUCCCAGCCAUGGACGAAUUACACAGUCAAGCAACACAGCUCAUGAAGCAUGAUAUACAAAACGUUUCGACAAUACAAAAUGUUGUCACUGAGAUCGAGAGUAAGUGUAACAAGAUCAAUGAAGAUAUAAGAGAUGAAAAUUUGAAGUUAUCUGAUAUUAUAUUUGCGUGGAAUGAAUUCCAGGAAAGUAAAGAUCGCGUUGUUAAAGAAAUAGGAAAAAUUGAUAAGAGUAUCGAUAUUCUAGAAAUGCCGAAUGAUAUCAUACAAGCUAAUGUGAAUUUCGAGAAAGCUAAGAAAGCAAUGGAAGCGAUAAAGAAAUCCAGAACUACGCUAGAAAAGGCUGAUACUAAGGGACAAACUGUCAUUAGAAAAUCAGAAAAUAUCACAGGUAUCGAAUCCGAAGUGAGAAGAGACCUACAGAUUGUUAAUGAUGUUUGGUCUAAGAUAUAUGAAAGAAUUCUGAAAACAGUGCAAAAAACUGAGUCACAAGCUACAAUUUGGAAGCAUAUCGAAGAAGCCAAAACCACUUUACUGCAAUGGAUCGGCGAACAGAAUGAAGUUCUAAUCAAAGCAGCUGAAAAACCAAAUGAACUCAAAGCUGCUGCUUCGAAAUUGUCUAAGUACAGAGAAGAAUUACCAGCUCAGCAAAGGCUCCACCAGAGCAUACCUCACAAAUAUUCACAGCUGAUCAAGUUGACAGAUGAUAAAGAUAUACCAACUAUAGAAGUUUUGAUUGACCUUCUCAAUGAUGGAUUUUCUGAACUAGAAAGUAACGCGCUUAAACUAGAAUCUUUGAGUUCAGAAUUCGGGGAGGGUGAAAAAACUAUCAGAGAAGAUAUCAAAGAAAUUGUUACUAAAGUAACAAGUAUCAGAGAAGAGGUAAUAAAAUGCGAAGAUCUCUCAGGCGAUAACAAUGAAAUUGCAGGGAGGCUAUCAAAAGUACGUGAAUCGAUCCAAAACCUACAAAACCUCCAGCCACAUAUCAAGAAAGUUGAAGAGGAUAUCCAAAAAAUGAAGAAGACCUAUCCAGGAUUUGGCGAUUCAAUUUCUAAGGAACAACAGUUGCUGAAGAAACGAUAUGACGGAAUUAUAAUGCAUGCUGGUAAAAUCGAUAAUUCAUUGUCAUCGUUUCUCAAAAAAUUCCAUAACGAGAAAUAUGGUGCUCUGCAGAGAAUCAUAUCAUCCCAAAGAGAAAAAGUUCAGUGGUGUUUACCUGAACCGUCAAGUGAUAAGUAUAAUCUCCAGGUGAAAUUAAAUGCUCUAGAAGUUAUACCGGCAUCGCUUUCAGAUUGUGAAACACGCAAAGACGAACUAAUCAAUUCUAUCGAAGUUUUGAAGCAAAUUGAAACCAGUGAUUCCCUCAAACUCAUUGAAGCUGAAAAAUAUCAUCUUCUGUUAGAUUUUGAAAAUCUCAAAAAAGAGUAUCUGGAUACUAAAAAUAUUCUUGAUAGCAAUAUUUCUCUACAUGAGCAAUAUGAAACCCUAUCCGAGAGUAUUUCUGACUGGCUGAAGAAUACAGAAAAUGAAGUGAAGACUGAGAGUAAUUUACAAAUGGAUUUGAACAGUCUCGAUCAGAAAAUUGAUGGAAUCACCAAACUUCUACAAGAGGUCAAAGAUUAUGGAGGUGAAAUGCAAAAAUUGAACCCACUCAGUGAACAAUUGAUGAAACAAAUGCCAGAAACGAGAAUAUCACAAUACGUUCAACAUUUGAACAAUCGCUAUAAUGCUAUCAACAAAUUCCUCGUACACUACCUUGAGAAACUCAAUGAGCUCAAGAACUACAAAUCUGUUUAUGAACAGUGUAUCCAGGAUGUGGAGAAAUGGUUAGUGCAGGCUGAGAGCGAAGUAGAUUCAUUCUCUAAAAUCGCCAAGAAACCGAAUAGAUCGACCCUGGAGGCUCUUAAAAACUUCGCGAAAGAAAAAGAUAUAGGUCAGGCUCUCUUAACAAGAGCAGUAGAACAUGGAGAAGCUCUAUUUCCUGGUGUGACACCAGAAAACAGGGACAAUAUUAGAGCAGAACUGAGGACUCUCAGAGACAAAUCAGAAAUUUUGAUCGACAAGGUCAAUUCCAUAUACAAGCAAGUUGAGGCAACUCUCAUGCAACGACAUUCAUUUGAUGACAGCUUGUACCAGGUCAAGUUAUGGAUAGAUGAAGCUGAAGGGAAAUUGGGAGAUGAUAUCAAACUUGAUUCAACUCUUCUCGAUAAAAAGCAGACCCUUCAUAAUUACAAAGUCUUGUCACAAGAUGUCAAUCUUCACAAAAAUAUCUUGAAACAGUUACAAGAUAAGAUCGGCAAUUUAGGCGAUUCAGAUGCCGAAUUCAAGUUGGAGGAGAAUUUACAAAAAUACAACAAGCUCGCCGAAGAAGUUCAAAAUCGAAUAGAAACCUCCGAAGGAUUUAUAGCUAACCAUGAGGCAUAUAACCAGACCAUUGAGAAGUGCCAUGAUUGGUUGAGUGCCCUGACUUCUGAAGCAGCUCUACUAGUUGACGAAUCAUCUUCUGAAGUUCCAGAAACAAAAUUAGCGAUAGUUGAAAAUUUACUAUCUCAAAGAGAUGAAGGUGAUAAAAUUUUGGCUUCUUGUAGAGAGCAGAUGGAAACAGUGUUGACUCAAACUGCACCAAAUGGUCAUCAUGUACUAAUACAUAGCUUCGAGGAACAAGAGAAGGCUUGGAGAUUAUUUUUGGAAUUAUGUCAGGACGCUCAAAAAAAACUCAAUGAAAUCCAUGAUAAACAUACUGAGGUUACUAGGAUCAUGGAUACUCUGGAAAAUUGGUUGAAGCUGAAAGAAAAUGCAGUGAAAGAUCAGAGUUUGAAGAAUACCGUGGAAACAAAAAAAAUCCAUUUGGAUAAACUGAAAGCAUUGGAACAUGACAUACUGAUCAAAGAACCAGAAAUAAAUGAAUUUGUCACCAUCAUGAAGAAUUUGAAGACUGAUGCAAGAGUUUCUCAAUUGACUACAAGGUAUCAAACUCUGAGAGGUAUUGUGAAAGAAAAUAUCAAUCGAUAUGAAAGUUUCGUUCAGGAACACCAAGAAUUCAACAACACCUAUAACCAAUCCCUGGCUUGGCUAUCGAAUAAAGAAGACGAACUACAGAACUUAUGCCAAAUAGUCGGUGAUCUUGGUGUUCUUCAAACUAGGCAGGAAGAAAUCAGAGAAUUAUCUGAUGAGAGAAAUCAGAAGAUAGAUGAAUUUGAUAAUCUGAUCGAAAAAGGUGAAAAGCUAUAUGCUCAUACUUCACCAGAUGGUCGCGAAAUAAUACGGCAACAACUCAGGAAUCUGAGGACUAUAUGGGAUACAUUCGGCGAUGACCUACAGAAUGCCACUAAUAAGCUUGAGCAAUGUUUGAUACAGUUCUCUGAUUUCUCAGCUACUCAGGAACAACUUACAAAAUGGCUGAAAGAUGUUGAGAAAGCAAUGCACCAACAUACAGAGUUGAAGUCAACCCUCCCAGAGAAAAGAGCUCAACUUCAGAAUCACAAAAUCAUGCAUCAAGAAAUAAUGGCUCACCAACAAUUGGUAGAGUCUGUAUGUGAUAAAGCUCAAAAUCUAGUAGAUCAAACUCAGGAUAGAUCUCUCAAUAUCUAUCUAAAAUCUAUAAAGCAAUUGUUUCUCAAUAUUGUCACUAAAUCUGAGGAGUUAUUGAAGAACCUGAAAGAUUGUGUGGAUAAACAUGUUGAUCACAAUAAACUCGUGUCAACUUUCAAAGAAUGGAUCAAUGAACAAAAUGAACUAAUACGUGAGUAUAACGAUAUUAGUGGUGAAAAAGCUGAAAUUCAUAAAAGAAUAUCGAACUUGGAAUCCAUCAAGAAGAAUAAUGAAGAGAAUGGAGCCAAGCUUCUGGAAGGCAUAGAGAAACAUUCAUCUGUGGUUGCUAAGACUACAGCUCCUAAAGGGAUCGAAGAUCUGAAAAAGGAACUCCAGGAAUUGGAAAGCCUCCACAUCCAAAAUAUAACGGAUAUUGAGAGAUAUCUCACAAAACAAAUGGUAGCUGCAAAGCAAUGGCAAGAAUUCGAGACAGAUUUAGAUAAACUCAAUCAAUGGUUUAAAGUAGCAGAAUCUAAUUUGAGAGAUCAACCUCUACAAGUCACCUCGCAAGAAAAGCAGAACAAGCUGGAAUUACUUCAGAAACAACGAGGUGUGGUUACUGCAAAAGAAAAAGAAGUUGACGCAUUCAUAGACAAGAGUCACACGCUAUUGCAGAACAGUGGAUCUCAAAGGAUUAAACCAAUCACAACCCAGAUAAGCUAUAAAUUCCAGAAUCUGCAUGGCAUCACUAAAGACGUUAUUACUAGGUGGCAAAAUAUUGUAGAUGAUCAUAAGAAAUUUGACUCCAAGGUGUCUGAACUAUUGCAAUGGAUAGAACCUCUGGAAGAGUGCCUGAAAUCUGUGAAAGAGGGUAAAUUAUCGGACAAUACGGAGGCUACUGAAAAGUUACAAUUCCUAUUGUCUGAAAAAGAGCAGGGAGAACACAGAAUAAAUUCUUUGACUAUACUGAGUGAGAGGAUUUUACCUGACACCGCCACAGAAGGGAGAGAGAUUGUGAGAAAUCAAGUUAAGAGUAUAAGGGAGAGAUGGGAUCACCUACUCGAAGGUACCACACAACAGCAGAAAUUAUUAGACGUUCAGAGCCUACAACUUUCAAACUAUCAGGACAUAUUACAACAAGCAUUGCUUUGGUUGGGUUCCAUCGAAAACCAAGUACGAGCUGAUCCAUCAUCAUGGACAUCCAUACAGGAGGUCAGAGGUAAACUUCUGAAGCACAAGACAACGUAUCAAGAGAUCCAAGCUCAUAAGAGAUUCAUCGAAGGUGUGACUGAGAAAGGCCACAGUUUAUCCCAGAUAACCAGUAAUAAUGAGAAAAAACAAGAAAUCGAGAACAACGUGAAAUCUGUAAACGAGCGUUACCAAAAGGUUGCAGCAGCUGCCCAGGAAAAUAUAAAGGAGUUGGAAGGCUGUUUAGAAACCUACCAACAAUUUUACGAUUCACACAAAGCACAGCUAGACGAACAUAAGCAGUUUUGGGACAAACUGAAUAACUACAUCGAUUAUAGUGGUAGCAGACAAAUAAUUGAGAAAAGACUCAACAAUAUUGUUGAGGUACAUGAAAGCUUACCAGCAAAUAUAAUUAGACUUCGUGAAUUGCAACAAUACGUUGACAAUAAAAUAUCAUCUUUGCCGAAGAGAUCCCAAGAGCAAAUGCGCAAAGACGUUGACAGCCUCAAAUUUGACCAAGAAAAAAUCACGAAUACUCUGCUGGAUAUCAGAUCAUCCUUGGAAAAUAGGUUGCAACAGUGGGAUGACUAUGAAACGGCGUUGGACAAACUGGUGUCUUGGCUAGCUGAAGCUGAGAUGUCACUGACGAAUUACGCGCUGAAGUCCAAUAUUGAAGAAAAACAAGAGCAGUUAGAAAAAUAUCAGGAACUAGCUAGAGUGAUUGAGUCACACAAAAUUGACAUGAAGGAGUUCGUUUCUAUUACAGAUCAUUUGGAGCAAGCUCUCAUCUUGAAUUUGCGUCAAACUGAAGCCGAAUUCGAUAAGAUGUCUGACGAUUCAGCCGAAUUAAUCCAAACUAGCGGAGACACUAGAAUUUCCAUCAAUGUUCAACAGAUGAUAUCCAGAUUCCAGUCUGUGCAAGCAACUGGGAGGGAAAUAUUGAAAAAAUGCGAACAGGCCGUAGCAGACCACAAAAUAUAUAACGAUAAGUAUAAGCAGUGUUCUGAUUGGAUAUCGUCUGCCCAAGUCAGAUUUGAUGACUGCAAGAAGAACAUCGAGAAUGCCACACGGGAUAGUCUAAUAGAAAAGGGUAGAAUUCUCGAAGAAUUAUCUUCCCAACAACCUAUAGCUACCUCAAUGUUGCACACCACACUGGAAGCUGGCGAAAAACUCAUGUCUUCUACCUCUCCAGAAGGCAGGGACAUCAUCACCAACCAAUCGCAAGAACUUCGCGAAGCUAUGGAACAAUUAUUUGACGGCAUUCAUGGAGCAGUCAGAGAUCUAAAAACGAAGCAAACCAAAUGGUCGGGCUUUGAUGAAUGCUUAGCUAGAACUCUUGAUUGGAUCAAAGACAUUGAAGUAAAGCUACCACAUGAUAUCCAAUUGAAAGCUUCUUUGGAUGAGAAAGCAGUUCAACUUCAAAUUUAUAAAGAUUUGCUACAAGACGUUUCAUCUCACCAACCAAAUAUAGUCGAUCUGAAAGAAAGAGUGGAAACUUUGCCCGUGAAAAAUGAUCAAACUAUAAACCAACUAACAGGUAUAGUUCUGCAGUACGAUAAGGUACUCAAAAGAGCACAGAAUUUCGUCGAAAGAUAUGAAACCAUCGUGAGUGAUCAUCAACAGUACUCUAAAGCUGUACUAGAAGGAGGAGAAUGGAUAGAUGCCACUCUCAAUACAGUUUCCAUGCUCAGUGAAGCAGAUAUAGAAAGGACAAGUCUUCGAUCUAACCUGGAAAGACUGAAGAAUCUAAAAGCGACUCUUCCUGAUGAAGAAUCUCGAAUUAUGGGUAUUAAAUAUCUAGGAGAUAAAGUGAUACCUGGUACGAUAGAUUAUGGCCAGACAAAUGUGCGUUCGCAAAUUGAUGCCUCCCAACAGGAAUGGGCUGGCCUUGCAGCGGCUAUUCAGAAAGCGAUUACACUUUUGGAAGACAAAUUAGCCCACUGGAAUGAAUAUGACUCAAUCAAAGAAACGUGCCUCGAAUGGAUCCAAAAUACUGAUAACAAACUCCACACAAUUGACCUCAAAGCAACAGCUGCUGAGAAGAAAGAUCAAUUAGAUUUCCUCAAAUUACUUCAAGGUGAAAUCAGAGCAAAGGAAUUCGAAAUUGAUCAGGUUACUGAAAGAGCUCAACAACUCAACAAAGGACUAACUGGCCGACCAUCUCGAAUAUCAGAACUUGGAGUGAAAUAUCAACUGAUCUCUCAGAAGAUUAAGGAUCUCAGUUCGAGAUGGCAACAAUAUGUCACAAGCCACGAUGAUUUCGAUUCUCAAGUUGAACAAUGUCAGCAAUGGAUGUUAGAAAUCAAGGAGAAAUUAAUUUACUGCUCUGAAAUCAGUGGUGCCUCCCAAACAGAACUCGGGCAUAAACUUGAAACCAUGCAGGAAUUGAUAUUAAAAAAGGAAGAAGGAUUCUCGAAGAUGCAGGCACUAGUAGAGUUUGCCCAGAUUAUUUUAGCUAACACUGCCCCACAUGGUCACGAAGCAAUCAACCAGACUUUAUCCAAAUUGCAAGAAGAUUGGUCUAGCAUAGCAUCUUCGAUGGUAGAGACCAAAGACUUGCUAGAUGAUGCCAUGACAAAAUGGGUACACCUACUAGGAGAAAUAAAAUCACUGGAAAGAAAUAUCGAGUCGAUGGAAACUCAGAAUAAAGAACUCUCAGAGUUCCAAACAUCUCUUUCUGAAAAGAAAAUACAACUUGGUAAAAUAAAAUCUCUUGAAGAGAGAGUCCGUUGCGAAAAAAUUGAAGUGGAUAAUCUGAGGAGUCAGGCAGCAGAAAUUUUGCGCACAAAGAGAGAAGGUAGUGAAGCUGUUAAUGCUCAGAAAAUGUUGGAGAGAUUCGACCAAAUAGCCCAAAAUAUAUUUAGAUUACUUCAUGAAAGAGAAGCGCAAUACAGGGAUCAUAAGACUUACAAAGAAGCAUAUGACGAAGUUCAAGCUUGGAUGACCAGAGCACAAGAGAAAGUUCCCCAAUUGCAGAAACUUAUGAGUGAUAAGAUAACGAUUGAUAUGCUUGCUGGGCCUCUAGAUCAUUUACUAAAUAAGAAGGCUCAGGGAGAAAUUCUGUUGGAAAAUUUGGAUCAUUGUGCUCAAGUUGUUUUGCCGAAUACAAGUUCUAAAGGACAGGAAUCUAUUAAUAAUGAUAUAAGAGCUCUAAAGGAAUCAUUUGAAAGAUUAUUCAAAGAUUUGAAACAACAACGCGAACAACUUGAAGCAGUUCUAGCUAACUGGCGAGAAUACAAAGAAGAAUAUGAAAAGGUAUCUGACUGGCUGCAACAAAUUACGAUUCUUACAAAGAAUCAGAAGAUCGCUCUGAUGUCUACAGUAGAUGAAAAGAAGAAACAAGUGAAAGAUGUUCAGGAUAUAUUAGAUCGUUUGGUACAAGGUAAAACGCUAAUCGAGAAACUACAUGAUAAAGCGAGCCUUCUACUGAAAUCGCCUCUAGAAACUCAUGUUAAUAAUCAGCUUCAACAGCUGAAUUCAAGAUAUCAUGUUGAGAAAAAUCUGGCUAAGGAUGUCCUCAAUAAAGUUGAGACCAAUUAUGAACAACAUAAAGAAUACACAGAAAACUUGGAGAAAACAAGAACUUGGAUAGAUGAUGCUCGUGAACUAAUUAGGAGCUGCGCAGAUGCUUCGUCUCACAGCAAUAAAGAUACUUUACAGUCACAUCUCAACCAAAUUCAACAACUCAUCCAAAAACGUGAAGAUGGCCAGAACUUAGUUCAUGCAACUGUAAAUUGUGGUGAAAAAGUUUUGAGAAAUACCAGAUCAGAUGGACGUGAAGCUAUCAAUAAUGAAAUAAAAGAAAUACAAGGCGAUUGGGACAGAAUAACGAAGAAGAUGUCUGCGGCUAAAGUCAACUUGGAAACAGCUCUCCUUCAAUGGGCUGACUACGAUAGCUCAUACACCCAACUGCAACAGUGGAUAACUGAUCGUGAAGCUAAGCUCCAACAAGUAACAGAGCCGAAAGUGUUCAAGACUAAGAAAGGUGGACUGAGUAGCUUGCCAAUUGGAGAAAGAAAAGCAACUCUUCGUGAAACUGGUAGCAUUGUACAAGAUAUAGUAUCAUUUGAGCCUAUGAUACAAUCUGUGACAUCUAAGGCAGAAGAUUUGAAACAAGCUGCACCAGCUUCAGAAAUAUCAGCCAAGUAUGAAAUACUCUCUAAGCAGGCUCAGGAAUUAUACGCCAAACAGAAGGAAGCUGUCGAGAAACAUCAAGCAUUUGUUGACGCAGCUAAUGAUUUCGUCCAAUGGAUUCGAACCGCUAAGGAGCGAUUAGGAAAAUGUUCAGAACCAACUGGAGAUAAAGAAAGCCUUGCUAGUAAAUCAUCACAACUCAAAGUACUCAUGAAUGAAGUCCCUGAUGGACAGAAGAAGCUAGAUACUGCCGUUGAUCAAGCUGAUAAAGCUCUUCCACUUGCAGAUGAUAUGGACAGAGAAAUUAUAGAAGAAGAAGUUGGGCUUCUACAGGAAGAUUUCGAUACUUAUCUCGAUAAUCUCAAUCAUACGAAGAGUCUGCUGGAAAUUGGAAUAGUUAAAUGGACAGAGUAUGAAGAGCAGUAUCGAGACGCUCUAGAAUGGCUAAGUAAAACUGAGACGUUAGUUAGGUCAUACAAUAAGCUUCAAGAUAGUUUGGAAGAAAAGCGAUCAGUUUUGGAACAAUUCCAACUCCAUUUGCAGAGCCUAUUCGACUGGCAAACGGAAUUAGAUAAACUCAACAGGAGAGCUCAAGUAUUAUUAGAAACUUGCGCUGAUACUAGAGUUAGCAACGCAAUCACACAAAUUUCUACGAAAUACAACGCCAUUUUAUCUUUGGCCAAAGAAGUAAUGAGAAGAUUGGAACUGCAUUAUCAAGAGCACCAGCAGCAUAGUACUCUGUAUCAGGAAUGCCAAGACUGGGUAGAUAGAACAAGAGAUAAACUUGGUGGUUGCGUAGAUUUCAAUAAUUCUUUAUCAGAAAUCAACAAUAAAUUGCAGAUAGUGAAAAAUAUAAGAUCAUCUUUGGAACAAGGUCAGAAUAAGUUACGCUAUAUACAAGAGCUGAAAGAACGUGUUAUAAUGAACACCGAACAAUCAGGUGCAGCCAAGAUCAAAGAAGAUACUGAAAAUUUGAAAUUAGACCUUGAAAGACUAUUGAAUGAAGUGACAGAAGCCAGGAAUAGAUUACAAACUAGGGCCAAUCAGCUGGAAGAUAUUGACAAGAUUCACAAACAGUUAAUAGAAUGGCUGCAAGAACAAGAAAACCAAGUACAGUUCGAUGAUGAUUAUCUCAAUGAAUUAGGUGAGAAGAAGGCAAGGCUUGAGAAAUACAGAACAAUCUAUAGGGAAGUCGAUAUUCAUAAUGAUUUGGUAGAUAAACUUCAUGCAAAGUUGUCAGAAGAUGCAUCAUUGAUAACAACGGAAUAUGAAAGUGCUAUGCAAAGAUAUAAUGAUCUGAAACAAAAGUUGUCAUCUUCUAUAGCUCAACUUGAAUCGCACGUAGCUGAUCAUGAACAGUACAAGGCCUCUUAUAACAAAGCAUACGAGUGGAUAAGAGACUCACAAGUUCGAAUACAGAACUGUUCAAAUUUGCAUGAAGAAUUAGAAAAGAUUUUAGAAAAAGAAAUAACUAUUUCUGAAAUAAGUGAAUCACUGAAGAAAUGUGAUGAUUUAAUUCAUAAUACGAUCGAGCUGAGUAUAACUGUGAUGAAAACAACAGGAGAAGAUGGCAAAGAUAAUAUUCGUCAUGAAAUCGAUCAAUUGAAUAUCGACUGGGAAGGACUACAAUACAUCUGUUGUGACACGCAAAAAUCGCUGAAUAAUUGUAAGGAAGCUUGGAUUGAGUAUAACUCUAAAUAUGACGAAAUGAAAGAAUUUAUUGAAAAAUAUCAACUACUUCUGGCUGAGAGACAAAUUACUGAAAACAACACUACCGAAGAUUUGCAGAAAUGUCGCGAUCUUUUAGAUGAAAUAAUUACUAUGAAACCUAGAAUGGACGACUUAACUGAUAACUGUGAGACACUCAUAGAAAUAACGGCCAUUGGAUGGAUUCGAGAUAAAACUGUUAAGUUACAAACUGAAUAUACUCAUAUUUUGACCAGUGCGCAAGGUGUAGUGUCAAAAGUUGAAAAGAAUUUGUCUGACCAGACUGAAUAUCUGAAGAUCAAAUCAGAAUUGGAGACCUGGUUACAUACAGCCCAUACUUCGAUACAAGCCUGCGUGGGAGAAACUGAUGAGAAUACUAUCAGAGCAAACCUGCAAGUCGUUCGUGAUAUUUCAUCCAAAAUGGGAGAGGGCCAAGAUUUAUUAUCGAAGCUACAAGAAGCUUUCAACAAAGCUAUUAAUACUUCUCCAGCCGAUAAACAGAACGAACUGAGGGAGGAUAUGACUAGCCUUAGGAAUAGUUGGGAUCAAAUCAAUAUGGAUAUAAAAUCUAUUCAAGCUCAACUCAAAGCUGACCUAGCUCGAUGGGAAGAAUACAAUAAUAACAAAGAUAAAUUUGAUUCAUGGUUGAAUGCUAAAGAAAAGAGCCUGAAUGAGAGACCAUCAACCAAAGGCGAGUUGAGUGAAAUCAAAACUCUUUUAGAACGUUACAAAAAUUUGCAAAUGGAAAUUGACAACAAGCAGGUUGAUCUUAUCAGAUUGCAAUCCGAAUCACAAGAACUAAGUUCUUGGGCCCAAAAACCAGUUCUAGGAGAAGUAGAAAAGUUGGAAGCUAGGCAUAUCAAACUUGUGGAGACUUGUAAGGUACUGAAGCAGUCAAUUGAGGAAGAGUUGAAAGAGUAUAACUAUUACCACCAGAAGCUGCAAGAUACAGAAAAAUGGUUGCUUCAAAUUUCCUUUCAACUUAUGGCUCAUAACUCCUUGAAUAUCAGCAAUAGGGAACAGACUGAAGAACAGCUUGCCCAACAUGAGAUUCUUUUGAAUGAAAUACAAAAGUACCAAUCCACUCUCGAUGAUAUAAAAGAUAGUGGAAUAGGACAAAUAAAGAAGUACGUGAGAAGUACACCGUCUAUUGAAGAUAUCAUCCAAAAACAAUUGACCAACGUACAAGAUAGUUACAACUCUCUGUUACAAACGGCUAUACAGAUUAAAAACCGACUCAUUGAUUCUCUUUCCAAGUUCAAAGAAUAUGAAGAUACUCUAGAAAGUAUCAUGAAAAAUCUUGAUGAGUAUGAACUCAUAGUGUCUGAGGAAAUCGAGAAACCUAUUGAGAAAUUAGAGACAGCUCAGCUUCAAUUAGAAACAGCCAAGUUGCUCCAUAAUAAGCUGCAGAAUGAAAAAGCCCGAUUGGCUUUGGCUGUACAAGCUUGUGAAGCUGCCACAGCUACGAUUAGUCGACCAAGUAGUCCCAGGGAUGCCUUAUUCCCUCCAAUACCAAUGAGAGAACUUGAGUGUAGAGCCAAACUCGAAAAUCUUAUCGAUCAGGUACAAUCUCAUCUCAGCGACUUGACCACAUCAGUUGCCGAGUUUGAAGAGAAAGAGAAACAAAGAUCAGAACUUCGCAGAUGGAUACAAACUCAAGAAUCCCUCAUCAACGAUUGGAAGAAACGCCCUGUGAAAUUCAGACAAGAUGCUGCGAAACAAGAACUCAACAACAUGAAUGAUCUCUUGAUAUCCAUUGGUCAACGAAGAAGUCAUCUCAAUACAGAGCUAACGGCAUUUGCCGAUGAAAAUGGGGAGCUCGAGAAAAUGCUGAAUAAUCUCGAAAAUGAUCUCAGUAGCCUUAUCGCUCACAAGCAAUCACAACUUGAAACAAUUGAUGAAUAUAGACAGCAUGUGCAAGUUAUCACUAACUGGUUCGAUAAUCUUGGCAAAAGAAUAGAUGCUAUCGACAAAGGAUCUGGCUUGAGUUGCGAACAGAAACAAACAGCAGUAACUGAUGUCAGAGCAGAAUUCGACGACCAAGGACCAAAACGGUUAGAUGAAAUCAAAAGAUUGGCUAAUACUGUUGUUGACCUAGUGAACAAUUUGGACUCGCAACAAAUUGAGGAGCAAACUAAAUCAAUUGAGAGGAGGUAUAACGAUAUCUCUAAGAGAUUACAAAGAAAACAACAGGUGUUAGAUACAACAAGAAAAGGCAUUGAAGAAACUAGAACAGAAAUAGAAAAUGCCAGAGCUUGGAUUACAGAGAAGCUGGGUAGUCUACGGAAGCCAAAACCACUUGGAUUCGAGAGCAGGAAAUCUGAUGAUAAAAUCAGUACUUUGAACGAUCUUCUCAAAGAAGCUGGUAAUAAAUUGGUCCUUAGAGAUACCAUGACUAAACGUAUCAGUAAUAUGACAAACGAACUAGAACCCACGGAGUUCAAUCAACUGGAUAGCGCUUUGAAGAACUUAGGAAGUGAACAAGAACAGUUGGUUGGUAAGAUCAAAUCAGAAAUUGAGAGAGUUACAGCUGCUUCUAAUACCAGAAAAAAUCUUGAAUCUAAUUUAGAAAGGGUGAAGGCAUGGCUGAAAGCGAAGAAUUCAGAAGUUCACAAGCUGUCAGGAUACUUACCUCUCUCAGCAAAUCAAGUAGAAAGAGAAAUAGCUAUUUACGCAAAACAUGAUACCGACAUUAAAGAGUUCAACGAUGGUGAUCUGAAUGAUUUAUUGAAACUUGGAAAUAGUGUACUGAAAGAUUGUAAUCAGAAAGACAAAGAACGUUUGCAACAUUUACUUGAUGAUGUUAAAGAAGAAUACGAUAAUUUGAAGCAAGAAGCUGAGCAGAAAAUUCAAGCUUUACAAGACCUCCUUCAAGGUAGGAGACAAUUUGAAGGUGCCAUUGAAGAUUGUGUCAACUGGCUUAAAGAAGCUGAAGUCGCUACUUCUUCCGAAGUUCGUACGGCGAGUUUAGGAGUCCUAGAAGAACAGUUUGUCAAGUAUGAACAACUGGAAAUUGAUGCUAAGAGAAUACAAGCAGAUAUUGAGAGAAUUUCAGAACAAAGCAAAUCUAUAAUACCGACAAUCACUGAAUCAGAUAAGAUAACUUUGAAUGAUACUCUGAGUAGUUUGCGUGAUCGCCACAGCAGAAUAUCAGCUAUCAUACAAGAGAGAAGAAACGCUUUGCAGCAAAAUAUAACAGAAAUCAAAGAUGCAAAUGCUAGGAUCGAAGAGAGCAAGCAAGUUAUAAAAGACAUUCAAAAUCAAUUACAGGAACUCAAUAAACCAUUAGGACCUAAAGUUGAGGAUGUUCAACAUGUGCUGUCUACAUAUGAACGAAUUCUGAGAGAUCUCAAGGAUAACAAAUCUAAGCUUGAUGAUAUUCCAGUAGCUAACUCAUCCGAGCUACAGAGCGUUGUGAACCUACAAGAUGAGCUGAUCAAGUCAAUUGAAGAUCAAAUAGCCAAACUACGUCAGCUAUUGUUACUUAGAGAACAAUACUUGGCUCUCAUCACUGAGAUCAUGACUUUUAUAACGAAAUAUACCGAGAUCAUACGUGAUAUUGAGAGAUCAGGUGGCACUAUUGAAGAGAAGAUCAAAACGUACGAUGAUGUCAUCAUUAAAAUACAAGAAUGUGAAGCUCUGUUAGCUUCAGCUGCAGAUAAAGGCCAGCAAAUUGCAGCGGACGGAUCUGCUCAGGACAUAAACACAAUCACAGAACAAAUACAGUCUCUUAAACAGUCAUUACAAAACCUCAGGAGAGCUGUUGAAAAACAGAGGCAAGAACACGAGCACACUGCAGCUGAGCAUAAGAAAAUGGCAGCAGAGCUGGAAGAAAUUUUAGAUUGGUUGCACGAUAACGAAGCUGCGGUUAGAUCCAGACCUUUGCUAAGUAGAAACGUUGAAAGUGUUGAUAAAGAGUUGCAUAAUCACCAAGAACUAGCAGAAAAAGUAAACAUUCACUUGACUAAGAUAAAGAAAAUCCAAGAAACUACCAGAGUAGAUGACAGCUUACCAGGGUCUUUGCAAGAGCAAUUACAAGAAGCUAAUUCUCUACAAACCUCUUUACCAAGAGAACUUGAAGAGCGUCGCAAAUACUUAGAAACGAAUAGAACAUUCAGAGAAGAAUAUGCUAGUUUGAAGCAAAAAUUGCACGACUGGGUGAAAGAAGCUGAGAUUCGUCUGACAGCAAAUAAGGAUGGUGUUGACUAUGAGAACAUUUCCCAAGAUUUGGAGGAGCAUAAGAUUUUCUUCAGCACAGAGAGUACAAUGAAAGAAUUAGUCUCGCAGACUAUUCAGCAUUCUGCUGACAAAAUUUACCCGAGUUUGACUCCCAAUGAACAAGAAGAGUUAAGUAGGGAACAACAGCAACAUACUCAGACUCUGAAGAACACACUCAAUUCGGCAAAAUCUCAGAAAGCUCAGCUGGAGCAGGACGCUGUGUUGUGGAAAGACUAUUGCCAGGCUCUGGACAAGGUCAAGGCAGUCAUCGCUAGGACAAUGUUCACUGAUGAACCUGUUUCUACAUUGGCUGGAUUGCACUUCAAUAUCCAGAAGAUUUCCCAUGCACUCAAUGAUAUCCAGAAUCAACAGCUGGACCUCGACCUCCUGCUCGAACGCGUCGCCGAGAUCACGCAGCAGGCGGACGAGCGCAACCGCGCCGUCGUCCGCAGCCGCAGUGACGCCGCAGCCGCCGAAUGGACGGCGCUAUUGGCCGGCCUGGAGGAGCGUCGCGGCUCCCUCACCGACGCGGCGCACGCGUGGGAGCUAUUCGAGGGCGCUUGGCGAGCGUUCGAUGGGCUGCUGGCGGGGGCUCAGGAGCGGGCAGAGCACGUGGAGGGGGUGGUGCGGAGCAGGGAGCAUGCGAUCGCUGCCAAGGCGGGUGUUGAGGAACUGCUAUCUGAAGUACUUGCAUUGAGAACGAACCUAGAACAAGUGAAUGGAUUAUCUAGUACAGUCCUUAUGUUCCUCAGGGAAUGCUCCAAACCAUCAGCAGAUGCAUUGUCCGAGAAAUUGGAUGGACUGAACCAGUCAUAUGAAAGGCUUUUGAAAAACCUGAAGGAAAAACACGAAAAUAUUGAGAAGGACCUGCAAGACAUUGAAAAAGCUUUGUCAGACAUUGCCCAACAAAAGGUCGACUUGAACACUCUCAAACAAAAAGUCAUCAACUUCUACGUCUUCGACGAAAACCUUCAAAAAACAGAAGAACACUUGAAGAAUCUCCAAAACGAAGUAACAAGCAUCACCCAGAAAGUGAAAAACUUUUCGUCAACGCUCACAAGCGAAUACACCACAUCUCAACGAGUUCUACCCUCAGACAUUGCUCAAGAGCUGAACCAACUAGAACUUUUGACUGAAGCAAUCGCCGUUGCAAUGGAGGAGAAAGACAGAGAAUUCAAGAAAGCAAGGACGGUUAGAACCGACUUCAACCACGACGUAGAAGAACUACAAGUGUGGAUAAAAGACGCCGAGCUCAAAGUACAAGAUAGAUCUCUCGAACCUCAGCUGCUGCAUGAGCAUCUGCAGCAGAUACAAGCUGAAAUGGGUAGCAUGGCCGAUAGGCUAGACAAACUCACUCGGAACGGCAAGAUCAUCAUCGAGAAGACGAUAGAUGAAGAAGAAAAAUCGUUGGUUCAAUCGACCAUCGAUAAUUUGAGUGAACAAUUGGCGCAGGUCAGGUCGUGGCUUGAGGAAAAGCGCCAGCAAGUUGGUGAAAUUCUUGACGCUUGGGCCAGAUUCAUGAGCUUGUAUCAAGCUGUAUUGGGGUGGGUGCAAGAGAAAAGGGAGUUCCUUGAAGUACCGUUGCGGCUGAGUAGCCUACAGGAAGCCAAGAUGAAAUUACAUGACUAUUCAAAUGCCGUGAAAAGCUGUAAAGCUGCCACCAAGAAUUUGAGCGAUAUGGCCAAGGAACUUGAACACAUUGGAAGUGUCACAAGUGUUGGAGACCUGCCACAUAAAAUGGAAGAAGCAGAAGACACCAAAACCGAAGUUGAAGCUAUCAUUUUAGAAAGAAAUGCGUUGUUGCAAGAAACAUCUGAAGAAUGGGAACAAUGCGAAAGGAAAAUCAAAGACGUAAGAAGUUGGAUAGAAAAGACGAAGACAGCUCUGGAAUCCCAACAGAAUAAGAAGAAACCACUGAGGGAUCAACACGGCCUGCGAGAAAAAAUGCUCGCUGAUAUUCAAAUCCAAAAGACUAAGAUCUCUUUGUCUGUUGAGAAACUGCAGCUCCACUUCCGCUCUGGCAUCGAGAGCGACACCAAGGUCACGCAGCCGGCCAAGGACCUCCUACAAGAACUGGAGGAACUGAACUCGACCAUCAAGGCCUCGAUCCAGCAGCUGGAGGCAGCAAUCGCGCAGGUCGACCAAUACCAGCUGGAGGUGGAGCAGCUGCGACAGCAGAUCGUGCAGGUCGAUCAGCAGUUGCGCGCAGCCACGGCGCCCGCGCAUGCUGCGCACGACAGAGAGCAGGCCGUGCGCGAGCAACAGGAAACAAACAGGCGGAAGAUCUCGUCUAUCAUCUCCAUCAUCAGACAGCUGGACCCAUAUUCCGUUCAACCUGAACCCGAACACGCUCUCCUGGGGGUUUCCUACGCAGAUAUCGCCGCUGGUAGGUCAAAAUCCCAGGAACGAAGAAGUGUUUCACCUGCCUGCCAAAAAUACGAAACGACUCUGGAGAGAACCAGUGUAGUGCUUCACCCUGAGACAAAACCACAAAAAGACUCAACACCUCUUGCAAUGGAUGUACCUUCAAUCCACGAACCAUCUCCGGAAACUCCGGAUACUACUGAAACGGAUCAACUGAUAUUACCUCGCAGAACUAAAUCUCCUAGGCCUAGUAGGUCUCCGUACAGGCGCGAUAAAAAACAUGUAGCUAAACAAAACGAACAAUUUACAACAACAUCGCAACCAGCCAUCCAGAUAAAUGAACCACUCACAGCGAGAGAACGAUCCCCUAGUUUGAGUAGAUCACCAACACAUGAUAUGCUCAAUGUAAAACCCAGGGCUCGAGGAAGGUCACCAAGUCCUAUGUGGCUUCCGGGACAAACCUCUUAUGCUGAAAUUUUGAUGGGUCAACAUAGAGACUCAUCAGAAAGAGAAAUAAUAUCCACGCCGAAUGUAAUAUUACCAGCUGAGGAAACUCCUAUCAAAGUUGGUGAGAAAAAGAAAGAGGAACCUGAGAUUCUAGGUAGCAAUGAACCCAAUCAAUUCAUAAAGACAGAUAACUGUAAAGUCGGAUACAGUGUCCCAGAAUCGCAAUACAUUUUACCAUCUCAGCCUCCGAACUGGCACCAGUAUACCCAAGCAUUGUAUCCCUAUGCUACUGAAAUGGAACAGAAUUAUCACCCUCAAAAUGCAACAAAUCAUAUUCAACCAAAUAUCAUCACAUAUAACCAGCCUCUACCAGAUAUGGUGAACUUCAUAGUCUCAGGUGGACAGGUCAUUAGUUCCGGUUUGGGUACUUACAAUAGCUCUUCAAUAGCUACGCAAGAGUGCCAUGAAGUUGAAGCUUUGAGUCAAGCAGAGCCAAUCGUUGAGCAAGAAGCCAAUAUUGUUCAAGAACGCCCGGUGCUAGUGAAAAGGGAUGAGGUACCACCAACACAAACGAUUCCUUCUGAUGUUGCUGGUCCGCAUUUCUCUUACGCACGAAUUUUGUCUCAGGGUCUAAGCUCGAAGUCUCUUCAGCCAUCCAGUUCAGUAACAGUGCAAACUACGAACAUUCGAGAUACUCCUAGACUAAAAUCUCCAGUGCGUGGGAAAGCCACGUAUAGGGAAGAAACGGAGUCUCAACCGAGGGAGUACGAAACGCGCAUGCGCAAAGAUAAGGUGGAUGUUAUCCCCGAUGUUGUGCCAAGACAACAUAAGAAAACAAGAGAAUAUAAACGAAACCUUCGUAACGAACAUGGAAACGUUCAACUGCCUGACAACUAUGGAGAGCCUAGUCAACUAGGAGGUUAUGAGGCAAGUGAAGUUUUCCAAGUGCAAGAUUUAGAUAGAGAACGCUCCCGCUCGAAUGCAGAUAAAUUAGUUGAUAAGACAUAUAGAUCUAAGGAACCAAAGCAAUUAGAAAUAGAGUCACAUGUAAAGCAUACAACUGCUCAAAAACCGACAAUAAAGACUACGAUAAAUUCUAUCGCUCUUGAUGAGAAAACAACGAAUGAAAUAAUUAUUGAAGACACAAAAACUAGUACUGUAGAAAUCUUACCCAAGAUUGGUUCAGACCAAACCGCAUGCGAAACUGAUACAGAUGAACCAAUGAAACAAGUUGGUGCUAUGGAUAACUCAGAAGGAACCUUGAAGGAUAAAAAGAAAAAGAAGAAGAAGAAGAACAAAAAACAUUCUGAAGAAGCUGGUAACCCAGCUUUCAUAAUAGAAGAAGUUAUAAUACAUAUUCCCGAUGAAGAUGAAAUAGAUAUACAUGAUAAGAAACCUUCAACUAAACCCAAGAAAAAUAAAAAGUCCAAGAACACUCAUAAUCGAGAGCAGAACGCCAAACUUAUACAAGAUAAAACCAGAGCUACAGGCACUCAAGAAAAGACAACAGGAAUUGUCAUUGAUGAUUUCACCGAACAUGCUCAGACUACUAAAUCUUCCCAGGAAAUACAAGAUGUAGUAACUGAGAAAGGUGUAUCCGAACCAGUAUCUGAUUUGGUUGAACCUACAAUGAUUGAUAAUUCCAAUGGAAUCACGCAGCAAGUACUAGUAGAUCACCAACAAACCAUAACUGAUACCAAUAUGAAGAAAAAACGGAAGAACAGAAUUAGGACAGUUUCUGACAAUCAAACAAAUGAAAAUCUUGUGAUCAACAAAACAGAGGUGCACAAACUGGAAUUUCAUGAAUCGCCAGUUAUUCAGAAUCCCACUUCACCUCUUGAAGAAAAGCAAGAACUAUCGGAAGAUGUGAAGAAGCCUAAGAAGAAAAAAUCCAAAAAUAAGCAGCCCUCAGAAGGAGUAGUGCAUGAUCAUGCUAUUCCAGAAUCAAGGGAAGCUCAAAUGAUUUCUCUCGAAAAUACCCAUCGUGAAAACAAUGAAGCAAAUGGAGAUCAAUCUAUUGGCUCAAAAACUGAAGAAUCUCCUCUCAGAGACGAAUCUUCAGAAGCCCCAAAAAAAUCUAAGAAAAAGAAGUCAAAGAAUAAGGCACAAAAAGAAAACAUAUUGCCUGAAUCACUUUCUUCUGAACCUACAAAUGUUCAAAAUAUGUCUCUUCAAUCCGAUAAAAUCAUCCAGAAUCCUGAACAUAAGUCUAUUACAUCAGCUAAAUCAAUUAUUGAAACAAAUAAACAAGAGUUGUCUGCUCUCAAUACUGUGCCAGAACCACAACAACCUACAGUUGGGGAACAAACAUCUCAAGACAUUCUUUCGACCUGUGGAACUGCCACUGGACUUUCGGAAGAAACUCUCCAAGGAAACAACAACGAAACUCUUGGAGAUAUUUGUGUCACGAAACAUUCUGUAGAAAUACCCAUGCUGGUACCAGAAAAGAUGGAACCACUUCCGGAAACCUCAAAGAAGUCUAAAAAGAAGAAACCUAAGAAUAAGCAAUCCAAACAGGAGAACAUGUUUGAGUUGGUCGUGUCUGAAUCUAUCAAAACUCAAAUUUUCACUCUCGAACAACAAAAUGUCAGUCAAACUAGCCAAGAUACUGUUUCAUCGACAAGGUCCUUCAUAGAAAUACGAAAACAGGAGAUAUCUGCUUCAAAUGAUGACGAAGAAAUAGAACAACCAACCCUCGAGGAAUAUAAAGUUACAGAAAAUACAAUGACAAGUAAUCCUUCUGUGGAAAACUAUCACCAGCAAAGUGAUGAGGAAACAGAUGUAGCUAUAUCUAUUGCCCUAGAACAAGACAAAAGGAUAAUUUGCCUUACAGAAGAAAACAAAGUUGGAUCUCCAAUAAUUACAGAGGAUAGUCCCAAGGAUGAAACAGAAGCUUCCAAGAAAUCGAGAAAGAAGAAAUCCAAGAAUAAGGCACCGAAAGAAGGGACAGAAACUCAAACAAUUCCAUUCCAAGAAGAAAAUAUCUCACGAGAAUUGAAAGAAUUAUCAAAAACAAAUGCUGUUUCAGAAUCACAACAAUCAAUGGUUGAACGAGAUCAUUUCCCAGAAAGUCAGUUGACUCCCGAAAAUGCAAGUGAACUUGUUGAUGGAGUAGUUUCCCAACAAAUUGUAGAUGUUCCUUCGAUGAAAACGUCCAAGAAUGAUGAACCCACAGAGAAACAAUAUACAGUUCAUGAAUUGCUCACUUCUGAGAUAAUCGAAGUCCCAGAAAAAGAGUCAUUCGGAAGUGGAAGUGAACUCUUGGUGGAAGAACGGAACAUGCCAUCGUAUACCUCGGAACAAGAAGAACAAAUUCUUGUAGAAGAAGUCAAGCUAACAUCUCCAGAUAAUGAAGAACCGAUCGAAGAUACCAUAUUCAUGAUUCGUCAAGAAGAAAAACCUACAGGAAAUCUCAAAAACUCAAAGAAGCAUAAACAGAACAUAUCACUGGAAGUAGAUGAAGUGCUCGUGCCACUCAUCCCUGUUGUCACUGAAUUUGAUAGUCGUGAACCCACUUAUGCCCUACAUGAGGAAAGAACUGGCACUGAUUCCUCUGAACUCAUAGGACAAGAUAAUUCUGCAAUACAAAGAAAUUCCGAGAUCUUAGGAAUACAAACAAUUAACAAGGAAACUGUAACAUCCUCUUCAUUUGAAAGCGAACAGUCAACUAUCGUGACAGAAUCUAAGAUUCAAACCUCAUCUGAAUUUAUAUCAAGAGAAAUAUCUCAUGAAAACAAAAAUAUGAAAGAUGUGCUGACUGACGAGUACGAUGGGGUCAUUCCAAUCAACGGAACGAACAAAAUCAUUCUAAUUACUCACGAAGAAGUUAGAAUGAAGCCAGUAGUAUCUCUCAAAAUGCAGUUUGCUGACAUGUCUGUAGAAGAAACUGACUACAUUGAGAAGGGUAUGGGUGAACAACACGACGAAGUUGAUAAUGGAGUCAAGACAGAAGAAACGUCUGGUACAGAAAGAACGCGAAUCACUGAUAUCAACAAGAGUUUUAUUCAAGGAGAAAGAAUACCUAAUGAAGCAAAAUUGUUCGAAUCAACUGAUGAAAUGAAGGAGAUAUCUGGGAGUAAAAUUGCAGAACGAUCUGAGACAGAUGAAGCAAAUUCUACAGAAGUUUUCGACCUUGAAUUAGAACAAGUAAUCUUUGGAUCAGUUAAACAAAGGCAUAAAAGAAUUGUUACACAAAUAGAGACAUCGGAACAUUCCCAUAUAGACAAACAGUCUAAAGAAAAGAAGAUUGAGAAAAAACAUGAGAAGAAUAAGAAACGGCAAGGUAUGCCUUUGAACCUGAUUUUACAAACUGAACAUACCCCUGAAGUUGAAGUCAAAACACCUGACUUUGACUCAACGUCAGAACCAACGACAUUGUCAAGAAAUAAUUCUGUAGUUGACACUGAAAUCAAUAGCAUGGAAGAUAUUAUGAAUGUUCUGGAAUCCAAGAAAUCCAAAAAAAUCGAAAAUUCCGUGAAAGAAACUAUACUAGAAACCACCAGUUCAAGUUUAGGUGAUAUAUCAGUAGAUGUACCAGGUGCGUCUUUACCGAAAACUAGUAAUAAGCUUGAAAUAUCAGGGGAAAAUUCCGUUAUUUCUGAUGAGGAAUUGGUUGAGGACAAAAUAGAAAGUGUAGAGUUGCCAGAAAAUGAACCGACAUUAGAGAAUUUAGCUGCUUUAGAAAAGUUGCUUAAUGAACAGAGCGAAAUUUCAGAACCAAUGGAACAAAAUGAAAUUGAAGGCUAUGAAGUAUUGUUAUCUCUCAAGCAGGAAACUUUAUCUAAAUAUCAACCAGAUCUGAGUGUAAUACCAGAUUCUGAACCUAGAACUAUUCCUGUUUGGCUUCAACCAAAAACAAUCGUGAGGACUGAAACCCCCAAAAAAGUGGUAACUACAGUUAAGGAUGAUGCAAAUACAACUUUUAUCACAGCAGAAAAACACGAUUCAAUAGAUAGUUCAGAUAAACAAAAUAUUACUGUUUAUUCAGAUAUUCAAGUGGAAGAUUCCGAACAUUCUGAAGAGAAUGCUAGACACGAAAGUGAAUUCAGUGAUAUACCAUUCGAGAGUCCAUUAUCUACAGAAGUACCAAAAGAUGUGAGCCGGAAAGAAAUUAAAUUGAUUCACAAGAAUCAUGAUAUUCUAGUUGAGAGGUCGAUGUCUCCUGAAUUGCCUCUACCUGAAAUUGAAUAUUUGCAGCCAACAAAAUCCGCUAUUGAUGAUGAAACAAAAAUAAAAACUGAAACUCAUCCUGAAAACAUUGAAGGUGUUCUUCUUAAACUCAAAGAAGAAACUCUGCAAAAGUACCUGAUUCAGACUGUGAGCUAUAAGCCGAUAUCACAUGAAACAAAUAGGAAUGAUGUAAGCAUUGUCAACAAAAUAAAAAGGUCUGAAGAAAAGUACCCUGUAGAAGAUCCGACUGUAUCACACAAAAAAACUGAAUUCAAAAUUACACCCGUAAGAGAAAUUGAAGAAUUAGAAGAACACAUCGAGCCAAAGAAGAAGAGGAAAAGGAAUAAAAAGAGGAAAUCAGUUACCUUCGAAGAAACCCCACAUAUUAUCAACUUCAAAGAUGAUGUGUCUCCAUCUAAGGAAUUUUCCGAAGAAGAUACCGAAACUGCAGAAGAAUUCAUUUUCAUAUCGAAUAUGUCAAAGAAAAUUGAAAGAGAAUUAGACAAUGUUAGCGAAAACGUGACAAUUUCCGAAGUUGACGAUAACUGCCAGUGGGUGAAAAUAGAAAAUGAAUCUCCCAAAGAAAUUCGACAAGCUGUGGAAGAAGUUCCUUUAUCAACUUCUAUUGUUUUCUUGGAUGAAGAAGCAUCCCCUGAAAAAGUAAAUGUGCCUACAUCUGUGAUACCUAGAGACACUAUUGUUUCUGAAGAUGAAGACUUAGUGAAAGUUGAAAUCGAAGAAAAUUUGAUAAAAACUGAAUCGGGAAGUUCUUCAAUGACUGAACCUCUGAAUAAUGUUAUCGACCAAGUUCCUAUACUUCCUCAUAAAACUAUCAAUUCUCCGGUUAGAACAAGUAAUAUGACAGAAGAUAUAUUGAGUAAAUCUUGGGUGGAGGUGAUGAAGUCGGAAGAAAAAUCAAUUCCAGAGAACCUAUUAGACAUAUACCAACCCUUGAAAAAACCUCUAGAAAUACCUGAGGAGGAUGGAAAUAAAUUGAGACCAAAAAAACAUAAGAAAAAGAAGACGACAUGUGUGAUACUACCAGGAAAAACUUCGGAAAAAACUGAGUCACAUGAAGAGUUUCUUUUCCAAGAAAGGGAACAAGCAUUGCCUGAAAAUGUCAAUGAAGAAAAUGAAGAUAUUCAAAAUAUUAUUAGGUCAGAAGAAAUACCAGAGGUUGCUACAAAAGACUCAGAAAUUGUUAUGGAUACUAAAUUUACUACAAACUCCGUUUGUGAGGAAAACGCAGUUGUUACUGAUCUCAAACCUAUAAUUGCCGAAGAAGAAAAAAUAUCUGAGGUUACAGACAAUAAAUCUGAAAGAGUCAAGCAAGCAGACAGUGUGAAAUCAAAGAGAAAGAAGAACAAGAAAAAACAUCAAAACGUGAAAGAUGAAGAACCUGAAAAUGACAUUCUUGAUACUUCAGGAGUCAUACCAAAUGUUGUAACAGAAACGGUUACACUCGAAUCAUCUGAAUCAUUAUCAAAAAAAGCUGAUUCAGACAAAGAAGAUAUAAACUUCGAGUUUAUCCAAAUAGAAAGAACUAUGCUACCUUCUAGACAAACCUACGAUGACAUUUAUGAUACAACUGUGAAUAAACUUGGGGGAAGACAGAAGAAACUUUCAGAUCCUGAGAAGCCUUCUAAAUCAGAAACGGCAGUGGAAGACGAUAUUGAAAAAGAAAAAAUACAGGAAGAUACACCACUUAUCGAGAUUAGUGAUAUCAAAGAUAAGAAGUCCAAAAAGAAGAAAAAUAAGAAGAAGAAGGUGGGAGAUGAAGGAACCAUUUCUUCACAAGAAGUACAUGAAAUAGAAGAUAAAAUGCAAGUAACAGAAGUGGCUCCCAGUGAAGACCCAACGGUGUCAUAUGCCAAUGUUGUCAGAUCUAAAUUACCGGUACACAAGGAUAAUACUCAACUUGACUUUGAUGAAACUUCAAUAACCAGCUUGGAUGUUAUCGAAGGUAAAGAACCACUAACUGAGGUUCAGUUGGAGAAAUCAGAAAGUAUUACAGACAGCGUUGAUGAAGCUAAAAAGUCGAAAAAAAAGAAGCAUAAGAAGAAAAGCCAUCCAACCAUUGAGCCAAGUGUUAAUACUACUCAAUUAGAAAUCAAACCUACUCCUGAGGAAUCGGAUAUAACAGAUCUAGUCAUGGAAAUCAAUCGGGAAGCAGAUGGCAAUAGUGAAAAAAUCAUAAACGUUAUCAGCGACAAAGAGUCAGAACAAAUUGAAAACAGAGAAGAUAAUAUAACGCAACCAAAUUCAGAAGAUUAUACUGUUUCUCAUGACUAUCAAAAUGAUAUAAAAACAUCUUGGGCAGACGUUGUAAGUUCAAACUUGGAACCAAAACCAAUUUUCGUGCUACCAUCAGUGGCACCCAUACCGAUCGAACAAAAGCCAUUUAUGGUUCGUCCAAUCAAAAAUACGGAACCAGUUUCAGAAAUAGUUUCAAGUGAGCCAGAUGAAAUGAGUGAUAAGAAAUCGAAGAAGAAACAUAAGAAAAAGCACCAUCACGUUACAGAGCACACAAGCAAACCUGCAUUUGUAGUAACUGAGGAAAUAAGACAUAUUUCUGAUGAAGAUGUGGCUGUGAACGAUCAUGUAAAGGAGCCUACUCCAAGAUCGAAAAAGCAGAAAUCUUAUACACCAAAAACUGAAAACAAGGAUUCAGGUGAUCUGGAAACAAAAAUUGAUUCAACUAUGACGAAACAUGUUGAGAUAAUUGAAGAAUGUCCAGUACAGGAGGAAGAUGAUGUGAAAACUAGAAUGCAAAGCGAAAGUUCUCUGCCUAUUGACCAAAUUCAUAUCAAGCCAAUUGUUGAGGUCACUACAAAGACAGUCGAAUCCACCUCUGAUUCUGAAACCAAAUCUGCUCAAGGUACUUGGGCAAAUAUUGUCAUAUCUGAGGCACCGACUAGUAAGGUGGAAAAAGAAGAUACAAGUGUUAUACAAUCUGAACAAAUUGAACCAACUAGUAUCAUAGAAAAAGGAAUAUUCGAUGAAACAGAUGUGACAGUGAAAAAAGCGAAGAAGAAGAAGAAGUCCAAAAAACAUAUUUCAGAAUCAGAGCUAGUUGAACCAGUGUUCGUGGUAACAGAGAAAAAUCUACAUAUUCCUAGUGAAGACAUUGCUCUUCAGGAGGAAAGAUCAGACAUUCGAGUUAUUGCAUCUGACUUCAUCAGAAAUGAAAAGUUGGGAGGGAUGAAAGAGUCAGAUAAAAUGAAGGACGGAAUAGGAACAGUGGAGCAGGAAACUUCUGGACCUUCUCAAGAUACGACACCAGAAGAUCAAAUUGAUAAAACUGAGGAAAUAGGUCGUAGAGGUAUAGAAGGAACUGAAAUCAUGCAAUCGGAAUACGAUCAACCCAACAUUGGAAUACCUGCUGAAAAAAUGCAUGCAUCGGUUUCUACAGACAUAAAUAUGGCUUACGAGGGUCUUCCAGUUAAUAAAACAAUGGAUAUUCUUGGUGAAACUAUUAUUCCUUCUGAAGAAGACGAUACCAAACUAAAAUCUUCAGUUUUCAAUGACAAUGGAGUAAUAGUUAAAGAGAGUGAGAUAGUCACUGAAAAUGAUACAGAUAAAAUUAUUGAAGAAGUUGCUGAACAACGGGAAAUUAAGAUCGAAUAUAAAGGUCUUCCAAUCGAUACAUCUACUGAUUUGUUCCUUCAUAUACUUGAUGAACCAAUGGUUUUUUCUGAUGAGGAAGAUGAAUCAACCAGAGAUGCUGAAACACAUGAAGUAAAACCAACAUCAGAUAUCAAAGAAUCUACUGAAUCAGAACAGAAAGUAUAUGAAGAAAUAUUUGCAGAAAAUCUCGAAUCAGUGCCUGCAGAUAGCAAUGUUUCCGAACAAAAGGAUAGAGAUGAAGAAAUGCCUAUUCCUAUUAUCAAUGAAUCAAACACAAUAACAGCGGAUGAUGAAAUAAAGAUAGUGGAAAAUAAAGGUUCAACUGAGGAAUUGACAAAGACUAAAGUGGAAUACAAAGGUCUUCCAAUCGAUGAAUCAACCGAAUUGUUCCUUGAUAUUCUAGAUGAACCAAUGGUAUUUUCUGACGAAGAUGAACAAACCACAGAGCACAUUAUAGACAAUGUUGAUGUACCCGAAGUGGUAAAAGUUGAAGAACCUAAACUAGAAUUCAUUGAAUCAGAGCAAAUGAUUGAUCAAGUACCUGGUGAGAAUCUAGCUAUAUCAGUGCCAAUAGGUAGCGGGGUUUCAGAAGAAAAGGAAAGAGAGACAAAACAGAAUGUUUCAAUUCUGAAUGAAUCAAGCACAAUAACAACGGAAAGUAUAGUGGUGAUGAAUGAGAUAGUGGAAAAAAAAGGUUCAACUGAAGAAUUGACAACGACUAAAGUUGAAUAUAAAGGACUUCCAAUUGAUGAAUCUACUGACUUGUUUCUUGAUAUUCUUGAUGAACCAAUGGUAUUCUCUGAUGAGGAAGAAGAACAAACCACAGAGCACAUUACACACGAUGUUGAUGUACCCGAAGUGAUAGAAGUUCGAGAACCUAAUCUGAAAUUCAUUGAAUCAGAGCAACCAGUUGAUGAAGAAGUACCUGCUGAGAAUCUAGCUGUAUCAGUGUCAAUAGAUAGCGAGAUUUCCGAAGAAAAAGAUAUGAAUACAGAACAGAAUAUUCCAAUUCUCAAUGAAAACUCCAUAUCAUCCAAAAAUGAAGUAGUGGAAAAAGAUGAACUAGUAGAAAACACAUUUUCAGAAGGUACAAAGACUAAAGUUGAAUAUAAAGGUCUUCCAAUUGAUAAAUCUACUGACUUGUUCCUUGAUAUUCUUGAUGAACCAAUGGUAUUUUCUGAUGAGGACGAAGAACAAACCUCAGAACACAUUAUACAAGAUUUUAAUAUACCGGAGGUAAAAAGAGUUCUAGAAACUUCAUCAGAUUCCGGAGAACUAAAACUAGAAUCAAUAGGAACAGAGCAUCAAUCCGAUAUUGAAACGCUGGCCGAGAAUACGUUAAUGAAAGAGUCAAUCGAUAUUGAUAUAGAAAAUGCUCACGAGGUAAACAGAACACCUGAUCCAGUUCUCCAAAUUCUUGACCAACCUAUUGAAUUUUCUGAGGAAGGAAAGGAAGAGGCAACAGAAGGAAUUGAAAUCCCAAAAGUGCUUUCUUCAAGUAAACAAGAAGAAAUAUGGAAUGAGGAAUUGGAUAUAAAAGCUGUACCCAAAUUUGACAUGGCUGGAAUGCUGAAGGCCGAAAAAGAAUGGUUCGAAGGAAGAGCUUCAGAAGAGAAGAAACGAGUAGAAGAGCAAUUGAUGAAAUCAGAUUCUGAGAAUGCAUCUGAACAUGCUCUAGCAACUAUUGAGUUCAUUUCCCAAGAAAUUGAUAAUGUGAAAGCUGAUAUUGAUACACUAGAGGAAGAUAUCAAAAUCGUCACAGAUCUGAGUGAGAAGCAAUCAUCUUCUAUAGAAAGUCUUACAGAUGCAGUGGAAAUUCAAAGAAAUCAGUUAGAUUCUUUAGAUAUCGAAUUCAAAAAUGGUCAUGGAUAUGAGAAUCUAACAAUUCCACAGGAAAUGAAUAUAACUGCUUCACCAUUCCUUGAAGAUACUCCCAAGUACGAUAUGUCCUAUCUUUUGCAAGCAGAAAUAGAUUGGUAUGAACAAAAAUCAGAAAGUUGCCAUAUUGAGGAUGACACAAUAGAUGAUUCAUCGAAUCUACCUGAGAAUCAGGAUGAAUUUGUUACACAAACUAUAACUGAUGUAGUCGAAGAGAAACCUUCAGAAAAUAUUCACGAACAUACUAUGACUGAAAUACACGCUGACACUCAAUGGUGUGAACAGAAAGAAAUCAAUGGAAGAACUACAGGAAUCGAAAUCAAUUUGGAUGAACUGUCAACAAAUGAUACUUGCGAACGAAAUAGGUUGAAGGAAGUAACUGAUACGCGAAACUCUGUGGAAACUAUUGAAGCAGAUAUCAUUGAAGAUAUCUCUAAUAGAGAAGAUGAGAAAGAUGAAGCAAAAUCUAUAGCAGAUUCUGAAAUUCUUGGAAUUAUUCCAGAAUCUACCAUAAAUAUUGAAGAGGUAGCUCAAAUAACAACAAAGACAAUAGAACAACCUCCAGAAGAUGAAGAGUCUUCUCAGCUCGAGAGGUAUCUGGAGAAAUCCAUUGAAUUUAUUCCAAAAUCCAAUCUCCAAUCAAAGUCUGAUCUCUCAACUGACGCAACUGAGUUCAUCCCAAGAUCUCAGCUGAAUCCCAAUGCCGCAGAGUUUGUACCCAUUGGAACUGAGGCAAGUGCACCAUAUGUAGCAUUCACAAAAGUUUACGAAACUCCAGAACAGUAUGAUCCUUCGGCUUGGGAAUAUAGCAAAACUAUAUAUACACCAGAAGAUUAUUCACCAAGCUACGAAAUACCUUCAGAACAUGCAAGCAAUAUUUGGGUGGAUGAAAUACUCCACGAACCAGCUGAAGAUUUUGUUCAGAAACCAGAACAAAAGCAUUCUUCGCCAAAAAUCGAUGAUAUUGACGAAAAACAAUUGGAAGAAAGUUUGCUUCCUAAAGAUGUGUUUUCUGAACUGACUACCACUAGCAGACAAGAAAUGGGUACUUCAGUUGCAUGGAUGAAAAAGGUUAGCUCUGAAGAAUAUACUACACUGACAAAACCGGAAACAUCAAAAUCUCUUCCCGAAUCAAACAAAAUCGAAGUUCUACUACCAGAACCACCACUCUCUCCAAAAUGUAUUCCGGAAUCAGAAAAAAGGUUUGAAGAUGCAAAACAUGCACAGGAAGUAGAACCUGUUAAUGUUUGGGAAGCUCUGAAAUUGGGAGAUAAAACGUAUGCCGAUAUAGUAGCCAGUAAAGUACCCGAUACCACUCAAAUCGAUAUAUCAGAACGAACAAAUCUUGACAGGCCUAAAAAAACUCAUUCGAAAUUGAAUAUUAUAGAAGUCACAGUAACAGAAACUGCUAGAAUACAACAUGAACACCCACAUGAUAAUAUCGAUGAAGACGGUUUCAUUGAAGUUCCGAGAAAAGAUAAGAGAAUGCGCUCUAGGUCACGGUCAAAACAUGUUGAACCAGAAAAAAUUCCUCAACCUAGAGAGAAUGUCAAAGCAGAACUACAGAACAAAUCGAAAAAUAGAUCGAAAAAACGCGAUAAAACCCCAAUCGAUGGUAUUAAUGUUGAUGCUCUUGAAUCUUCACCAAUAACAUCUUCUUCCCAUGAGGACACGACUGUUGAAAUGCAUCAUGUACCAAUCGAAACGAGUUCUGAAGCUGCUAAAAAUGUUUCACCCAGUGAUCAAGAAGACACCGCAUCACCUGAAGAAAAUAUUAAAGUGAAAGAGGAUACAAUAAUUAAUGAAGAGUUCAUUAGAAGUGAAGGAAUUUCAUACGCUGAUGUUCUCGGAACCAAAACCAAAACUAUGUCUCCUCAUAGAGUUGUAUCAAUAGAACCAGAAUCAGCAGUAGAAGUUUCAAAAUCCACAAAGAAUAUUGAUAUAUCUGAUCCACGCCUGGAGCAAAUAGAAUCACCAAGAACUCAAAAGCAACUUCUUGCAGCAGAGGAGAUUGUACUACCUAAAAAAACGAAAAGAAAGUCUAGGAAAGGUAAAAUAUCACACAACCCUGUUCAAGACUAUUCAUAUAAUGCUUCAGAUCAACAACUAGCUACUGAAAUAUCUGAAGUUCAAGUUGUAAUGAGUUCUAGUGAAACAGUUUCACCUAAUGACAAAAUUAAUAUAGAUGAUGUAUCUGAAACACACGAAAUUCCCAUUGAAGAAAAACGUAGUGUGAACAUUAAUGAACAGUUCAUUAGAAAUGAAGGUGCCUCUUACGCCAAUAUUCUUGGACAACAAAACAAAACAAGAUCCGAGUCUCCUCAUCCAGAUGUAUUGACAGAAUACGAAAAGGGAAAUUCACAACAACAAAAACACCUCCAAGAAAGUGCCAAAUCUUCUCCGAGGACCUCAGUUGAGCACGAACCAACUGAUGAACAAGUCAAAUCUAGUCACGAAUUUGAAGAGGAUUCACUUCAGAACCAGAAUGAUACUAUCAAUGAUGAUAUAUCUAAAUCAAAUGAAGUUUCUACCAAAGUGGAGAAGGAAGAAUCUGAAGAUUCAAAGCAUCCUGAUGUAUCAGAAAGAGAGAAAGGCGCUAAGAAAAAUAGGAAACGGUCAAAAUCUAAACAAAAUAUUGAAACGAAAAUCAAAGAAAUAGUUGAUCUCUCAAUGCCUGUCUCGAUUAGUGAACAACAAUUAGAUGAUUCUGAUAAAGACGUUAAAACUCUUUCAAUACCUGAAACAUGUGAUAAGCAGCAGUCAAUGACUGGAAACCUUGAACAUCAUCAUUUAACAUAUGCUGAUAUAGCUCGAACUGGAAGAAGUAGAGAAUCUUCUCCUCAUCCGAUAGUUAUAAAACCUCUCAUAGAAAGAGUGAAUUCCAAGCAGAAAACUGCAGUGGAACAAAUUCCACUUGAGAAAGAAAUCGAAAAUAAAAAGUCUCUAGUUGAAUCAAAAUAUACACCAGAUGACAAAGGAAACAUUGCAGAAUCAUGCACUGAUGUAGAGGUUGACGAUGAAUUGAUACCUACUUCCGAAAUAACCAAAAACAAUGACGAAAGAAUGACGGUGGAGGAUAUUUCUCAUACAUUUAUUGAACAAGACAUUGUAUCCACCCGAGAUGAACAUUCAAAAUAUCAGAAAUCAUACGCUGCUAUAUUACUGGAGAAACAGCAGAAAUCCCCAAAACAGGAAGAGAAAUUGAUAUCAUCAGAGCAACCAACGUCACCUAAGAAUGUGGCUAUAAAAGUUCAACUUGUUGGAGAAGAGAAGGUGAAGCAUGAACUGGCAGUAGAUUCUGAAGGUUUCAUAGUUCCCAGAAAGUCUAGGGAUCGUUCUAGAUCAAGGUCAAGGUCUAGGCCACAAAAAGUAGAGGAAUUCUUGGAAGAGGAAAGGAAUAACGGAAUUGUCACUACAACUACGGCUAAACCUCAAGAAAUUAUUGAAGAAACUAAAUAUCAAACACAAAAACUAAGUCGAAACGAUUCUAGUCCGACGAAAUCUUGGGCCUCAAUUGUGAAAUCUGAUGUUGAAGAUAUCCAACCCAUACAAAAUAUGGAAAAAGAGAUUAUAGCAGUGGAUGCAUCAUCUAAACAACAAAAACCUGAGUAUUCUGAAGACACCAAAUUGGAGGGUGUAGAUAGUGUUAUACCUCCUGGACAUAAAGAAGAAAAAUCGAGUGGUAUAACAGAAGGCAUAAUUACCCCAGUAAAGAACGCAGCGUUUGAUAGGAAUGAUGGAAAUGUUGAUAAAAUAGAACUAGAAAGGGUAAUGAAUGUUAGUGAGAAGACUAAAAAGAAGAAACAUAAGAAGAAGAGUCAUAAAAAUGAUGAAAUCGUCUCAAAUCCAGAAGAAAUAAUUCAAGCAAGGGUGUACACUCAACCCAAUGUGUCUGAAAAAGAGAUGACUCCUUCCAAUAUUGCCGAAGAAAUAAAAACACAAAAUAUCUCUCAACAAAUCGAACAAUUUGAUACUCACAAAGAACGGCUAGUUGAAGAAAUAAUCCACGAAGCUCAAGAAAUUUCCUCAGAAACUGAACCUUCUGAUGAGCCUUCCAGGGACGUAACAGAUCGAAUGGUUGGGAUCAAAGAACCCAUUGAGAGUAUACAGCUCAAUGAAGAAAUGAGUGUACAAGUCUCAAGUGAAAUCACGUUAGUGCCUGAGAAUGUGAAGAUCAAAGAGCUGACACCUGCGGAAGAAUCACAAAUGUUUAUUAACAUUGCAAUACAAGAGUCUCAAGCAACUGUCGAAAAUAUUGAACAAAUGAAAAUUCCCGAACAGCCAAUAGAAGAAGUGGUGAUUGAAGAUCAAAUAAAUCACUCUGGAGUUGAACUUUCUGAUGAACCUUCCAGAGAGAUGAAAGUUUCAAUUCUUGGAAUCGAAGAACCAGUUGAGAGUUUACAAUUCAGUGAAAAAAUUAAUGUUCAAGUUUCGAGUGACAUAACGCCAAUGCCUGAGAAUGUGAAAAUCAAAGAGCUGACACCCACGGAAGAAUCAAAAAUGGUCGUUUCGGAAAACAUCGUUAUACAAAAGUCUGAAGAUACAUUCGGAAAUGUUGAACAAAUAGAAAUUCUCGAUGAAAAUAUCGAAGUUCCGGCCCUUCAAGAAUUUGAAAAUAAAAUAGAAGCGGUAACAAUACCAUCUCCUGAUGAAAUCCAUACGUCGAUAAUUUCAAUUGACAAGGAUACAGUUCCUCAGCAUGAAGAAAUAAGCGCUGAAGUAAUAAUAAUUCCAUCAGGAAAAUCGGAACCUAAUAUAGAAGAAACGAAAAUCAAGUUUGAUGAUGAAAUCAACACUCCACAACAACCAGUAGCUGUCAGGCUGCAAGAUAUUGAUGAUAUUGAACAUUUCCUCGAAGAAAGCAGACAGUUCGAAGACAUAACAAGACCCCAAGUAGAACCAGUUGCGAUAGACUCGAUAAAUGGAGAGAUAAAAAAUAUAGCUGAUACAUUUGGAACCACUUCCAUAGAACUUUUGGUCAAGAACAUCACCUUGGAUAAAUCAUUCUGGAUAACCAAAUACAGUCACGACGAAGCAGAAAGGAAUUUUUACGAAGCAAAGUAUGGAAAACCUGCAUCACCAAUACCCCAAGAAGAAACAGAAGGAUAUUCUAAUGUUGAAAUGGAUCUUCAGCCGAAUAGUUUAGAUGUGCUCACAUACAAUUUAUCAGUAGAUAAUACCUUCUGGCUUACUAAACCUAUUUAUGAUGAAGCUGAAAUACUUUGGUAUGAAGAUCUGGCACAACAAACCAAGCACAAAGGUGCAGGAGACACCAUACGGUCUUCAAGAGAAUCACCUGACAGAGACUUUGACUCUGACGGUUCUAGUGGAAGAGGCUCGCCAAGAAACAAAUCUGGAGGUGAACCGGCUUCAAGAUUGCCUACAUCUGAAUUCGCGAUGUAUAGCUUACCCGGUGGAAUAGCUGGUUGGAAAGAAGAAAGCACGUAUUUGCCUCCAGAGGAACUUGUACCUGUCGAUACCUCUUUGACAUUUAAUGACGAAUCUAUCACUGACUCGGGUAUCGCGAGAACGAUCGAUGAACAUUUGUCCGCGGCUCAAAGACUCUCCGAGAGUAUGGCUGAAGAUGUUAUCAAUGACGAAACACCUCCUUCCCCUCUCUCCUCCCUAGGGCCCCAAAUGCAGCAAUCGGCUUCCACAGGUCCGACAGGGAAGAAAUCAGGAGACCGCAAGUCCAAGAAGGAUAUCACUGAUGACGUCAGGAAACUACAGGAUUCGCUGAAUGCUACCGAAGGAAGCAUCGAAUAUCUUCCGAAAGAAGGCUUCCAGCAGAUGAUAGCAGCAUUAGAGAAUAUUACGAGUGAUCUCAAGAAACAUGCAGCCGAAGCCAUCCGCCUUGAAGGUCAAAUAAAUCUGUUGACCUCAGACCAUGAAACUAAAUCAUUAUGGGGUCAUUAUUUAGCUGGCAUACGAACUAGAAUUGCCACACUUCUUUUCCAAGCUGAAAACGGAAGAAUCAUUGUCAGAAACGCACAGCAAGUGCAAAUCAAGAAACAAGAAGAAUUGGUGCAAUACCAAGAAGUUCUUGCAGAAAUAGAAGUUUGGCUUCAAACUGUUAGAACGACAAUUCAAAACUACGUCACCACUAUAGAGGAGGCACAAAUCGAAAAUUACAUCGACGACUGUGAAAGAUUGAGAAGAGAGUUAGCAGAGAAGGAGGAGAAACUCAAAGAAUUAUCACAAAUUUGUAAGGAGUUCGAGAAAUACCCCGAUCUACAAGUAUUGGUGGUUACUUUACUAGAACAGUUCGAAGUACUGACUGAAACUCUUCACCAACAAGAAAUUAUCAUCACUACUAAAAUAACAACAUUGAAACAACAACUGGUUGACAUCAAACAACAACAUCAACAACAAGCGAGAUCUCCUACACCAGAUUCUUCCUUAGAAAAUACUCUCGAUUCAACUUCUAUGCCGAUAGAGGAAAUACCAGUACAUGCUGACGUGAAAACCGUGAGAGAACAGUUUUCAGUUCCAGAGGUACCAACUAAACCAAGUGUUACCAUUGAAACACAGACCGGUCGAAGUUUAUCUUCGCCCGUAGAAGAGCUCACUACCAAGGACUUUACAGUAACUUAUAACGAGCCCGUAGAUGCCCAAAUACAAACCCAGAUGUCUCAGUCUCCAAGCGAAGCGGAACAAAUACAACAUAAAGAAUCGAUAACAAUAUCCAAACGCACAAGUGGCGGUCAAGAAACAAUCCAUAUUGCCACGAAACCAAUGGCCUCAGAACCAGUGCCCAUUGUCGAGGAACCAGACGAUGUGCUAGUUGAAGCUAACUACAGAAAACGCCCAGAAUCAGAAACAAAACUGACAGAGCUAAACAUAACCAACGUAGGAAGCAAUCAACCUUUUGAAACCGUGUUCGUUGAGCCAGACGAAACCACCACUGAGGUUAUAGUCGAUGCAGAUGGUACGAAGAGAAUUAUCGUGAAGAAACUUCACAGGACGGUUGUGAGGCACCAGCAGUCCUCGCAGCAACAACAGUUCUCCACGUUGCGUACCUUGACUGAGGGAGACGUCCCAGUGAGUCAAUCGUUCUCACAAAUCACUUUACAAGGACAGCGAAGCGCUACAACAGUCGCUAAAGGCGAUGGCAGCACAGCCACGGUCACCAGCCAACAGUAUGGAGGCAAAGUGGUUUCAGGAGCACCUGGUGGUGAUAUGGAUGUACAUGAAUAUCAGACUGAGCCUGAAACUCAUUUCUCUGUUUCUGGCUCCAACGUGAAACCUGAAGAGGUGAUAAUGCAGGGAGUGAGGUUGCAUGAAGGAGAUGUUACUUUCAUAAAUGAUGAAAAUAAUCAGUUGGUUCCAACCCAUCACUCUCAUGUUGGAGUUGAAGGUAAUGAAAUCCAUACUUCUAGUUCCAGUGUUCGAGCAGUGGUUCAACAAGUAACUAGACGGAUUAUAAGAAAGACCAGAAGGAUCAUUCGUCGGACUGUGAUUAUAGACGGUAAAGAACAUGUCACCGAGGAAGUAGUUGAAGAACCUGAAGAGAUUGAGGUAACUGAAGAAGGAAUACCAAGAGUGAGCAUCAAUGUCACUAGAACUGAGAAUGGCCAAGUUGUAUCAGAACAACAGUUUGGGGAAACGCAAACGUUUGAACAACCAGGAGUAACUGUUACCCGGAAUGUUACUUCUAUAAUACUAGAUGCCAAUGGCCAACCUGUAGAGAAAAUACCAGAAAAUCUAGAAAUGAUUAGCCACCCUGAAGAGAGGUAUGUUAUCCAAGAACAAAUCGCACCUGAGCCUGUAUUUGCACCUGAAGUUGUUGAAAUAAUUGCCGAACGAAGUUCAGAACCUGAUUCUAUGAAUAUUAUCACCAGUUUUAUAGAAACUGAGAAGCUUGCUCACAGUAUAGUUGAAAGUAGAGUUGGCGAAACACCUAGUAUGAUUGUAACACCAGACAAUUCUGUAAAAGAAAAUACUCCAAAAGACGAGUCUGAAAAACAAAUCAGUAUUGAAAAUAUUUCUAUCCAUACAGACAAACUCCUUCCUACUGAAGCUGAACCAAUAGAAACAAUCACUGUACCUACUUCUGCACCAGAAAUUGAUAUAGAAACCACAACUACCCGAGUGCCAAUUGAUGAUUCUAGUAUUGACGACGCUGUGAGCGAAGUUUCUCCCCAACAUUCAUUGGAUACUACUACGUAUACGAUUGACAAAAAUGUUGAAUCAACAAAUCCGAUAACUCUACCAUCCCCAAUAAGUGAAGUUGUGUCUAUCACAAAGGAAGACAUACGCAGUGUCGAUUCUUACCCUGAACACGAUGAAUUCAGAAUAACAAGUCCAGUUGCUCUAGAAACUAAUGCAUCUGGAAGAGAAAGAGAAACUGACACUUCAUCCAAAAUAGUUACUACAGAUGUUGAAAUUGACUCUCCAGUAACAGAGUCACUUCACUCUAUUCCAGAAAAUGUCAAAAAUAUUACUGUUGUUGCCACUCCAGUUAUAACUGAAGAUAUGACUGCUAACCAAGCUACAUCUGCCUCACCCAUCGAAACUGCUUCACCCUUUACUGAUGUAGUCUCGGAUGUAGUUGUGAGGCCUCAUAAAUCUGAACCAUCUCCUCUGAAAAGGGAUGAUAAUCGGGAAGAAACUCCACUUUCCGUCACUCAUGAAUUCAUCACAUCCGAAAAAGAACAUAUAUCUAGCGUUAUUGAAGGAUCUCCGAAAGCAAAAAUGAGAAAAAAAUCCUCGAAACCAAAAGAUGUUUCUGAAACCUCUAGAACCCAAACUCCUGAACCUGUGAACAAUGAUAUAUUAGGAAAUCAUUCUGUUGAUAACAUUUCGAGUCCCUCAAAAGAAAUAGAAACACUUCAAGUUGAGAACGAAGGGGAAAUAAACAUUGAUGUCGCAGAUGCCAACAAAAAUAUGGAGACUGUUCUCGAUAUUCCAAGUCCAGAAUAUCAAAUGGAAAUCUCUUCUACUGAAAUAGGCAAAACACCGCCAUUCAAUGAAAUGAAGAUUCAAGAAACACAACAAAUUACUUCACAAACCAAAUUCCCAUCAGGAAAUGUUGAGAUGACGUUAUCACUAGAUGAGACAAAACCGGAAGUUGCCAUCCGGAAGUCAAAAACACAUAGCGGUCUAACAGAAUUCUUGGAGAAUGAGCGAGAAACUUCUCAUUCUAAUCAGAGUCAGGUAAUUGAACGAGAAGUAGUAGAAGUAGAAAGUAGAAUACCCACACAACCAGAAGUAGAAAAGAUGCAAUCUCUUGAGAAUGUCGAACCUACAGUACGAAAUGGGCAACCUAAUGAGGUAGAAAUCAAAUUGUCUCUUGAGGAAAAACUUGAAAAUCCUACAAUUUCUACUCCAAAAUUGUCUGUUUCAAUGAAAAUCGAAGAAGGCAACAAUAUCGGAGUUCCAUCUGAUGUUCUACAAAAAGACAUCCAUGUUCAGUUGCCAUCAUACACAACUGAACAAAUUGAACAAACCGCCAGUGUUCCCAAACUAGAAGAUGUCUAUGAAAAAACUUCAACUCCGAGCGAUAUUGACCAUGGAGGUCGAAAAAGUAAGCGAAAAAAGAAACAUAAAACACCAACACCUGAAAUAGAACAAAAAGAUGAAACUGAAGAAGAAAAACCAGAUUCCCUUAUUACCUCUUUGGCCGAAUCUAUUGAUAUAAUAGUUACUGAGGAUUCAUUGAAAUCCGAAGAAACGCCCAAGCCAACCCUGGAAGUAUUUGGAUCGGUUACUGAUACUGAUGAUGAAGGAAAAGGCAAAGAUACUGGUUACGAAGCAGACAAAACCACUGUGGAUGAAAGUCUCGCCGACGACGAUGACCAAGAUAAAAAAAUUCGCAGAAGAAAAAAGAGAAAACAAAAAGUCAAAGUUAAAGAAACCGAAGACUCUAAUGAACCGAAAUCUCCACAUGAGUCAUCACCUGCCGGUGACUCUGUGCCUCUCACUGACGAUGAACCUUCCAAACUUCCAGUGGCCAAGGCAGAAGAAAUCAAGAAGACUAAAAAGCGAAAGAAGGGUAAGAGAAGGCAGUCCGAGAGUGAACCCGAGGUGGAAUCAGAAAAUACUCUUUUAGAAGCACACGAUGAAGAGAUAUUAUCCCAAAAUGAUUCAUAUCAUUCAAUAUCAACACCUUCAGAACCUGGUACUGUGAAAAUUGUCGAAGAAAAGGUAGUAACUCCACCUAUAAACGAAUCUCCGAAACAGAUAACUUCUGAAAUAGUGACGACAGUACCAGUAUUUGAGGCAGUUCUAACUCAAGAAAAUGUUGCUCAAACUUCUCCAAUACAAAAUCUAACCGCCGCAUUUUUGGAACAAGAAAAGUUACCGACGGAGAUUUCGAUGGAUCAAGUUUCAGUUCAAACUUCUCCCGAGCCAAUCAAGAAAAUCGUCGAUACGUCUAUGCAAACAGUCGAAGUGGUUCAACUUGUUGAAACUAGCCAGCCAGACGUGCAAGAGAACUCAACUCAAAUAGAAAUUUCUACAUCUGAAAUAAUUACACAAACGUCUCCAGAGGUAGUAUCACCUGUAGAAAAAGUUGUUACGGAAACCACAGACACAUCUAUGCAAACAGUGUCUCCUAUUAAGACGAAAUUCAAUGAAGAAUAUGUACAAACCAUGACACCAGAAUUGCCACAAAUUCAAACUACAUCGGAAACAAUGGUAUCAGAUACUACUGAUACAUCUAUGCAGACCGUUUCGCCAAUCAAAGCUAAGAUUGUGGAAGAAUAUGCACAGACAGUUACUCCUGAACCAAUUUUCAUAGCAAGAACUGAUUCAGCCAUGCAAGUAACAGUCCCAUGCCAUGAAGAAUCUGUUCAAACGAUAUCACCUGAGCACACCGCUACAACAGAGGUUGCCUCACAGAUACAACCAGAUUUGGUAGAAUUCGCACUACAAACCUCCCCAGAACCUUCAGCGCCACCUUUAGAACACUCAGAAACUAUUCAACAUCCUGCAAAUAAGGUAGAAACCAGUGAAAUCGUUACUCAAACGAGUCCUGUUCUUGUCGAAGAAGUUAUUGGGUUGUAUACCCCUAGUCCUAGCCCGCCUCAGAGUUUACCAUCAGAACAGUAUGAAAUUCACGUAAAAGCUACCAUAUUGGUACCAUCGGAGAUUUCGAAUAGCGAAGAAUCUGUACCUACCAAGUCGAAAGAAGUGACUUCACCUGAGCUUAAAAGUGUCGAGAGCUCGACAAUCUCAACUCCAACCAUGAUAGAUAGCGAAAAUAUUUCGAAAGACGACUUUGGAUCUGAAGGAUCUAUGGAUGAAUACGAAGUUCAUGUCGCUAUCGAUGGAAAACCUGUGGAAGGGCAUUCAGUUGUUACUAAUUUCCUAAACGCUGAGAGAACUGAGGAUGUUCCUACCAAACCUAAACGAAAGCACCGGAAAAAACAGAAACAAUUGAAAGAUGAUGCAGGAAUCGUCGAUAAGAAUCUCUUUGAUCAAUUCCAAAGGCAAAAUACUGUCGAUGGUACACUAGAUCCCAAAGAUUUGUAUUCAGAAGUUACCAAAAACUCUAGGUCACCGUCUCCAUCAUUUAGAGAAGAAGUAAUUAUUCAUGAAGAUGCACCUAAACCUACAGAAAACAAACAAUCAGAUAUUCUUCAACAAAAAAAUAUUUCUGUAGUAACCCAAGAGGAGAAACUAGAGGAGACUGAAGAUCUAGAACAACCCGUGAUCCAAGCAACCAUGAAAGAACAGCAUCCUGAUAGUGAACACUUAGAAAUACAGGAGUUGAAACUAGAUGAUCGCGAUAGUGAAGUUGUUUCAAAAGUGUUCACAGAUUUGAAUGAGCAAACGGUCAAGAAUAUCUCGACCACUAAGAAAAAAAUUGAAGAACCUAAGAUUAGUGAACAAACAACUGAAACAGCAGUCAAUAUCUCUCUGACUAUUCCUCAUGAUUCCGAAUUUAAUCCAAAUAUUCAAAUUGAUUGCGAAGAUACAUUGAUAAUUGGCGAGGAAUCCACUCCAAGCACGACCUUCACUGUUGAGUCAAUUUUAACGGAAGCAGAACUAAAAUCUCAAGAACCACUCAAUGAAUCCUCCUGCACCACAGAAAGUCUCCAAGAAACUGUUGCAAAUUCAUUACUAGUAAGGACAAAUGUAAAAACUGGUCCAGGGAAUGUAACUUCAACAGUGGAGUUUUUAGAAUCAGAAAAGAAUCAUACUACUCUACCUGACAAUACAGUUUUUAUCAAUGAUAAGCUUGUUCAAUUGCCACAUGUAGAACAAACUGAACUGAUCCAACAACAGGUUAUAGAGAAACCGACAGACAACUUGCCAGAACGUCUUGUAGAAGAACAGAAACAAAAGCAGCAAGUAUCGUCAAAAUCCAAAUCGAAAAACAAAUAUGUCUCUUCGGUAACCAUUGAAGAAGUCCAAUCCCCUGCAAUCAUUGCAGAUACGCCCCUAACUCCUUCUUCAGACGCAGGGCCAUUGUCUCCUCCAGACUACUCAUCCGUUGUUUGGCAAAAAACGUCACCUAAAGUUGUAACACAUUCCUUCAUAAUGAGUGAAACUCAACUAAGUCCUGUUAUUCUUAAAGACGUCAAUAUCAGAUGGAAUCAAGCUCAAGCCCUCGAACGAUUCAAAAAUUUGCAGAAUGCCAAUAAGACAACUCAUUUGAGUAAUGUUCUCUACAUAGCUACCUUGAAUGAAAUUGUAACUGAUGAAACCAUAGAGCAACGUAAUUUCAAUGUACAGCAACAAUUGGUUACAUUGCAGCAAGCAGUGGAAAGGAAAGAUGUGGUUAUUAUUCAACAAACUAUUAUCACAACAGUUGAAACUAUCACCACCUGGCUAGAAACGAUUGAGUACAGAAUCUACGUCAAUAGACAACAAACCUCAGAAGGACCAUCGAGCGAACGGGUGCAAGAAUUCAAUGAACUCAAGCAAGAAAUUUCUACUAUAGAAGAUAAAGUACAACAACUACAGGCCGUCAUGCGGAAUACUGACGACAUAUACAAUGAAGAUGACAGACAGCGGAUGAAGAGUUACAUUGAAUCCUUACAGCAGCAAGUUCGCGUUAUUGAAGAAGUAACUGAAGAAAAUGAGCAAUUAGCAGCUGGUGACCUCAAGAGAUGGAAUGAAUUCAUCAAUGGAGUGUCAAAUAUAACUAGUCUGGUGAGAGGCAUCAAGCGACAACUCAGCGAGUUGAAAGAUUCAGACGCUUCACCACAAUCCAAGUUGAAUGAGCUUGAGAAACUCGAGAACAGUAAUAGAUGCCAUAUGGUGAAAGUCGCUCAUUUAAUAGCAUCAGCCAAGAGCUUGAUGAGAGAUUUUCCCACCAAAGAAAUACCCAGAGACGUAUAUGUUAACAAUGAACUCAGCAAACAAAUUGAACAACAAAUUGUGAUUGAGCGAGAAAAAGCUUAUCAAUAUCUAUCACUCGCUGAUGAGUAUGAACAAACUCUCAAAGAGUUCAGUCAGAUUAUACUCAUAGCAGAAGCUUUGGUGGAAGCCCCAAUAUCAGUGCGCAACCUAGAACACCUGGAAGAUGAAAUGCAGAAUCACAGGAAGUUCUUCGUGAAUCUCAGUCACUGUAGAGCUAUUUUGGAGUCACUCGAGGAGAAUCUAGAUUCCGAAACGAGGACUAUACAUACUGAUCUCCAUCAGAAUCUGUAUGAGAGAGCUAGAAUUAUUCUGGAUAAAUCAACAGGAAGGUUCCAGUUGAUGUCGCUCGCAGCAUCUAGAUGGACCGUACUAGAACAAAGUACUAAGGAAGAAAUGAGAUGGCUUCAAGUAGCGCAACAGAGAGUACCCGAUUUGAAUAAUGUUACUUCUUCGGAUUACGAGAGAUUCAUAGAUCUUUACAACUCUUUAGCUGUGGAUAUAGAUUACCACCAUGCUAAGCUCACGCAUCUUAAUUGCGUGGCACAAAAACUCCUAGACCUAAUAUAUUGUUCAGGUUUAGAACAGGCCUAUAGCGAGUCGCUAGAGAUCAUUCAGAAAUUACAAGAAGACGUCAGAAACAACCUAGAACGAUUGAUAGCAUUCAGAGAUACUUGGGUCACUUAUAGUAUACUCAGUGAUAAAGUAGAGUACUGGCUUAGAGAUGCUGAAGCUGAGCUGAAAAAGAUCGAGGUGCCAUCAGGGCCUAGAGGCCAUUUGCGACGUUUCUGGGAAAUCAAAGCUCAACACGAAGUCCAAAACUCAGCUAGACUCAAUGCUGGUAACGCCUUGGAAAAAUCUCUGCAGAUCGUUCCAAUCAGUGAUGAAAUGUACCAGAGAAGGUGUAAUGCUGACCUCAACACGCAAUGGCAGCAAAUCUCGAAGAGAAUUAGCGAUAUAGAAGCAUCUAUAUUGGAAACAAUUUCGGCUACUGAUGUUCCUGUCAAUGAAAAACUCAUUUUCUUAGAACAAGAAUUAUUAGAGUUGAACUUAGAUGUAGAUAACCUGAAAGGAAUCAUAAAGACUGAAGAGGAAUUGAGUUUAUAUGUAGAAAGAUUGCAGAUAAUGUCGACUAGGUUAGAAACAAUCCAAAAUGAACUGAGUAGGCUAGGUUUGUUAUCAGCAAAUGAAUCUGAUAAGGUUGGGUCUCUACUUGCCUUGUCGAAACGACUCGAAAUGAUCAUAGUAGAGGAGCUCGAGAAUGGGAACCUAAUCAAGGCUCAUCUUCAUUCAAUACAAAAAGGUUGUGACAGAGUUGGCAGAAAACACUCUGAGCUAAGCAGAGCUCUGGAUGUGUGUGAAUGCGCUGAGAAACUGGGAAGUGACUCAGUAGAAAAAGCUGUCAACGAAUGUUAUGAAAUAGGAGAGGAGCUAGUGACCCUUUGGCAAGACCUACUGAGUAUCCGUCAGUUGCUGCACACUCUACCCAUGAGGCUGAAGGUCACUCUGUCGCCGACUGCUCUGGAGAAGACGAUAUCUAUCCUUCAGGACGACCAUACAGCUCUAGAGAAGAAGUGCCGGAAUAUCUUGGAGCUUCUGAGGAGCAGGUUGGUGCUCUGGCAGAGAUUCGAACGGCAACUGGAGCUGGUACAGCAGAGUGUGCAAGAAGCCGACUUCAUGGUAGAGUUGUUGACCGUUCAAGGAACUGUGGAUUAUGAGAGAUUGAGGAAAGCAACUGAAAGAUUGGAGAGCGUCUCCGGCGAUCUAGCUUCGCGCGAGACCCUCGUCGCCGAGCUGCGCGCCGCCGCCCAUCCGCUAGCUUCCAGCUGCGCCCCGGAGGUGGGCGCGCGCGUCGAGGCGGCGGUGCGAGAGGCGGUGACGGCGUACGAGGCGACGCGCACCAACCUCGAGCAGCUGUGCUCCAAGUACCAGGACGCCGCCGGCCUGUGGCGGCGGUACCGGGAGGCGUCGCAGCUGGUGAGGGAGUGGGCGGAGCAAGCGAUGGAGGCGACCGAGGAAAUGGCGCCCGAGGAGGCGAUCGAGAAGGUCAAGGUUUGUGAAGAAACUCUAGCUGCCCAUACAAAACGCCUUGCCGAUCUUCAGCAACUCGUUUCCGGCAUCGCUAGCGCAGUAGGGCUCGACGCUAACGCCCUCUUGGGCGGGGAAGUACAGGCGCUAGGAAAACGAUUAGACGAUGUGAGAGAAUCACUGACUGUUCUUGCUGACGUAGCCGAGGCUAAGCUAAAGACCAAGGAUGAAAUACAAAAGGCAGUUAGGGAGAAGAAGGUCUAUUUGGACUCUUUGCAACAGAGCGUGAACCAUCUAGAUAGCAGCGGCAUCGAUAGUGACAACGAAGAAAAACUCUUGACACUCCGCGACCACCUCUUGGCUCUGAGUAAAGCCGAAGGGCAAAUCGAACAGAUCAAAAACAAGACAGUCGAAAUUUCGACCACGAGAACAGAAACAUCUGUUAUAGAAAUCUUGGAACUCUGGCAACACGUCUUUAGAGAAACCUUCCAACAAUAUCAUCGGUUGAGCACUCGAUUAGUGAAGAAUGAAGACGGUGCAGCGGCUCUGAAACUUUGGCAGGAGUACUUGAUCAACGUACAGCAGUUCUUACAAGGAACCAUUCCUGGUGACUAUCACAGCCUCUCAGACCACCAACACCUUUGCCAGAUUCAUCAGAACCUACUGACCACACAACAAAACGUCCUCAGGCCAUCUGACAAGAUAGAUGGCGAGCUUGCAAGUGGUUUGGUUGAAAGAAGUGUCAUGGAACAAUUCAAUUCCUUGACGAACCUACAUAACGAAACUCUUUCAAGUAUCAUGGAUAGGCAUACUGAAGUCCAAACUCGCUUGAAUGCUUGGGAUAAGUACAAGCAAGAUCAGAACAGACUACUUAAUUGGUUGAAAUCGAUGGAAAAAGAACGAGAACAUAUGCAGUUGAGGUACAUGCACAUCAGACGUAUACCUAAACUCCUUUGCCGCAUACAGAACCUUUUGGACAAAAUCCCACAAGGUGAAGAACAAACAGAGAGCUUACAAAGACAACAAAACUUUUUACUCCAGUUCUGCGAUGAUGCUUUGGCUACAUCCAUCAGGAUGGAACAUGUUGCCAUCAAGCAGAGAGUUUCCAACUUGCAAGCUGGUCUGAAAACUUGGAAAGAAUUCCUUGAACGUAUAGCCCUCCUAGUGAAAUCCCAUGAAGAACGAGUUACCAGAGUUCAGGUUUUGUUUGAUGACAUUCAGGUGACCAUCAAUGAAUUUAGCACACAAACAUCAACUUCUCAUGCUGGCAUCAGCAAUAGACUUGAAAUUCUUCAAAGAAUGAGAGAAAGGCUGUCUACCUCGGAAAGAGAUCUGGAACAGCUAGGUCUGACUCAGGAACAGCUCAAAGAAUGUUUGAGUCCAUCAGAUAUGAAAACUGUCAAUCAGAAAAUGUGGCUACUCAGACACCAACAUGACGACCUAGAACAUCAGCUAGUCAUGCUGUGCCAUCAAUUAGAAGAGAAGCUAGGAAUAAGAUCAGUAUUCGAAGCUAGACACGCUAAGUUCAUACUUUGGGCCAGCGAAAUAGAAGACAGGCUUGAACGUGACUACGAUAGUACUCUCACCCCUAUAGAUCCAAAGGAACUACUCAGAAAACUAGAGACUGAACUCCAAGCCGAAAUGGCCUUGAAAGAACGUGAAUACGGUUGGUUGCUCAAAACAGGUAAGGAUAUAGUUGAAUCUUGUGGUGAAGAAUACGCUGAUGUGACUGCCAAACAAAUCAUCCAAGCGAGGACUGACGAAGUAUCAGAAAGGUGGGAUAGAUUAGAGAGUCUCGGAAAAACUAGAUUCAACAAAAUACACGAUAUUAUGCAAACGAUGUUACAGUUAGAAGAGAGGAUAGCACAAAUUAGAGCCUGGUUGAGCCAAAUAGAAGUACAACUAACAAAACCUCUAGUGUUUGAGUCUUGUAGCCAGGACGUUAUAGAUAGAAAACUACAGGAUCAAGAUAAACUCAGGAAAUCUAUUGAAAACGAGAGCAGUAAUAUUGGCGAUGUGCUCAAUCUCUGUGAACUGAUCCUCAAUGAUCCAGAAGUGACGAAGGCCCACUUUUCAACUGAAAAUAUCAGCAAUUCCAUUUCGAACAUUGAGAAACGUUGGAAGUUAGUUUGUGGCCACUCCGCAGAACGCAAACGUAAGAUAAGCUUGAUAUGGAAGCUAUUGCAGGAAGUGAUCAAGCUUAGUGCCAAUCAGGAGAAAUGGAUCAGCGAAAGGGAACAGAAGCUCAAAGAACUUGAUAAACCAACAGAUGAAUUAAAUAGAGAUGAGCUACAGAAACUUAUUCAUGAAACAGAAACUGAGAUAAGAAAUAUUGAAUCACGCGUACCUGCAUUCCAAAUUCUUGGUCAAACGUACUCGAAAUUAGCGAUGGCACCUGGUGUAGAACACCAAAACAUUCAAGAACUCACUUCCAAAGCGCGUGUCAUCAUCGUGAGAUGGGAGAAUUUGUUGCCGAAAUCGACAGGAAUAUUAAAGAAAUUGCAAAAUGAACUAUUGCCCUUCAAAGAGUUCUCGCUAGCCCAUGAAGAUGCUAUAGUCGCUCUCACGAAACUAGAUGCUCAAAUCACGGACUUACAACACUUAUCACCGCCAGAAAAAGUUAAUCCUAUAGAGAAGCUGAAGAAAUUACAAGCUAUUGACAAGCAACUGAAGUUGCAAACGCCCACUUUAGAGACUGCUGAUAAGCUAGGCUUACAGAUAAUGAAGAAAAGUAGUAGCAAAGAAGUCGAGGAGAUACAAGAAAUGAUUGACGAGUACCAGAUUCUUUGCAGAAAUCUCCAUGAGAGGAUAACAUACAUCAAGUCUGAGAUAAAAAGAGAGAGGUUAGAGAGGCAGCCACAAGAAGUGGACGAGAGUGUGCAGGUAGAGACCCUCAAGUUUGAACAAGAUUCUGCUGUGCAGGUCAAUACUCUACCUCCUCAACUUCAACGUAUGACGUCGAUAAGCGCUAAAGAUGCUUACUUAGUCGAGCUAGAAGCUGCACUAGUCGAGUGUAGGGCCAACCUACAAGAACUGGAGACGUCGUUGCAGAAAGACAUCCCCAAACAAGGUUCACCAGAGUUGCCGACGAGUAGUAAGAAGAUUGCUAGGAUGUCAGCAAGGUGCCAAGCUAGUGUUGAACUGGUAAAGCAUCUUCAUGAUCUCCUCAUCAAAGAGUGCGAUGCAACAGAGCUGGAGGCCUGCUCUGAAGAGGUUUACGAGUUGGUUGAGAGAUACACCGUGAUGCUUGUUAGAGCUAAGGAUAAGGAGAAGAAAUUGCGAGAGCUAAGAACUACUCUUCCUGAAGCUUAUAACCUCUUGUGCACACAUGAGGCUGGCCGAAUACUUUGUCCCUUAUGCACAAAACGCAACUGGGCACAAUUGGACAAUGAUCUCUGGCGUUUGGAAAAGUGGCUUCAAGUCGCAGAGGGUACACAGAAAUCAUUGAAGAGUCCUCCAUCCAAUAUUGAACUACUCGAAGACGUCAUUCAAGAUCAUCGGGAGUUCCUUCUAGACUUGGACAGUCACAAAAGCAUCGUCAGGUCUCUCAAUAUUGUUGGUACCCAUCUGGCAGACCAUACUGAAGACACUCUGAAAGCAGAUGAGCUCAGGUCUAGGUUAGAGACUGAUAAUAAGAGAUGGGACAUCAUUUGCCAGUGUGCUACCGAAUGGCAGGUGCAGCUACAAUGGGCCCUCAUGAAUAAUCAACAAUUCCACACCAUAAUCUCAGAACUAUGUGGCUGGCUGGAGAAAAACGAGAGAAGAAUACGCGCCUCAGAACCAGUGGACCUAACGGCUCCCACAGAAACCAUCGAAUCGAAAUACCAUCGGUUCCUCGAACUUCGCGUCGAACUAGAACGAUGCGAGCCGAGAGUCUUGAGUCUCCAAGAGGCGGCCAACCAUCUGCUCAGGGAAGAUGCCCCAGAAGGCUCCACCCUGAUCUACAGGAGACUGACCGAGCUGAGGCUCAAGCUACAGUCGCUCAUCAAGCUAACUGGGGUGUACACCCUCAAGCUGGGGGCGGUGUUGGGUAGGGAUCCUAAUGAAAUAGGGUUAGCAACAUCUUCCGAGUCUAUGCCAGGUGUACCAACGCACGCACUCAGCUACGAUCUUCUGGACCAACCGAAUCGAGAGCUACCGUCUACCUCUGCACCAUCAGAUGACGCCUCAUACAAUGGUUCUGAGGACGAACAAGAAAUAAACACUUCCGUACUAAGGCGAGGUUGCCGCUUCUUGGGUAGAGUGGUACGAGCCUCAGUUCCCAUCCAAGCCGUCAUGCUUCUAAUGUUGGGCGCAGCAUCUCUAGUCCCGUUCACAGAAGAUGACUAUUCCUGUUCGUUAGUCAACACAAUAGCGAAUAGUCUAACGCCUACAUUGAGGUACAAUGAUGGUCCACCGCCAAUAUAAAUGUACUGUGAACGUAGAUCUCACGGGAUAGCGAUGAGAAUUUGGGUUUGGUACUUACUCUUGAAAAUCAUUCCAUUUUUGUUGAUUUUGUAACACUUUAUUUUGAAACUGAAACUAUCACUCCACUCUUUGUGAUAGCAUUUAUUGUAUCUCUAUCACUUGUGUUUUGGAAUAUUUGACUUAUAUUUUUAUCGUUUUGUAUAUAUACAUGUGACUCAUAUUUUCUAGAAUAAGCAGAGUAUAGCUUGAAAAAAAAUCAAGAUCCAACUGAACGGAUGGAACUAUUUAUCAUAAUAAGUUUCCAUAAUUGUGAUCAGAAGAUCACUGUAUAUUUUAUUGACUAUCUAUAUCUGUAUAUUAGAAUGGAGCACAAUUUAAUGAAAGAUAUAAUAUAUUUAUAUUUCAUAAUAUUAUUUUAUAGAUUUUUAUCGUUGGUUGUGAAAAUUAAAAUUUACGAAUCUUAGUAGUGGAACACUUUGGUUCGCAAAUUUAUUAAUUUUACUCUGUGAUGACCAUCCCGAAAUAUUGAAAGAAGAAUGAAAUAUCUCUCCAAUUUUCAUUGUUUUUUCACGUAAAAGUAGGGCAAUUUCUCUCUCCAAUUUUGUCCGAAUUUACUUGAAAUAAAUUUCUCCCAAUUUAUUGUCAAGCAUACAAGCAUACUUUUUCGGGAUGUAGAUAUUAUGUUUGCCUUAUAUUAAUUCUUAUAUUAUUUAUCUUACAAUAUUGCUUCUGCUUAUAUAAUAUAAUAAUUCGUUAUAUCGGUCACGGUGCUAGUUUUAUUUUUUGUUAACAAAUGCCGCGUGAAACAUUACAAUUUGUUCUCGACUUGGUUGCUUGAAAAUAUAUGUAUUUUAGGAAACAAAAUUUUAUGAAGAAUAUAGGAUUGUUUUGCGAUAAAUUUAUAUACCUAUACCUAUAAUUAUUAUUUAUAUUUGGCUUCUAUAAUUGCCAAAAAAAUGUUUUCAUUUAUAAAAUAAAAAAUAAAUAUCAAAAAUGGCUUUAUUAUUAUUUUCCCCAACUUCCUAUCAUCACAUAUGAUAAC